GUGUUGUUGGUGGUUGGGACCUUGAAUCUCAUCGAGGCUCAGCCUCUCCUCUCAGCUUGACGACGGUGCCGCCUCUUGCGGCCUGGAGGGAGACAAGGCGAGUUACUACCGAGAGUAUAAAAUAUCUUUGAGCUGUGCGAGGGCUACUGCCGACGGGAACGCCAAGGUCUGGCGAGUUGUUUAUCGUCCGGGCCACGGCUGACGAGCGGGCUUGAAGCUCUGGAGAAUUUUUAGCUCCGUGUGACCUGUAGUCCUCCGAGGUUUCGUCCCGGACAGCCUCUGGAGAACACAUCCUCGCCGACCAGUAGGUCGUCUUUGGCCUCCCACAUUCUGUUUCGCGCCUGCGAAAGCAUCGAACGCAGCUCCAAUAUGUCGGAGCGAAGAUCCACAAUGAACAACGACAAGACGACGACAGCACCAUGCUGCUCAAGCCUCCGGGCGCUACCAACUGGACGACGUGCAUCUCGCACUGAUCACACCGCGGACGACGACAAGCCUCGGCUUAGAAGAAGACACACAUUGCACCAGUAUGCAUUGACAGCAAUGCUACUACUGCUGCUGCUAGUGCUGCUCCCGGCAGUACCCAUGACACGUGGACAGACGGACUCGGAUCCUGACCCGCAGUGCGCAACGCAGCUGAGAAUACCGUUUAGGAUCAACGACCUGAACAGUAUCAAGAGUGUCCCAGUGUGUACGCAAAGGGAAGACUGCUACUUGACGUAUCAGUUCGAUGCCAUCGAAGACAAGCUAUUCAACUCCAUCCUGGCCAAUGAUUUUGGACAGCUGGCACUGAAUUAUACACGUGACAGUCGCGCUCCGCAGCUGGUUGAGUUCACUACAUUUAACCUGAACAACGGCACUUUCCGCCUGAUUUUUGACGAGGUGAUCAAUGCCUCCACAGUGAACCCUUCGAGCAUCACACUGGGCGACUGGUAUGGACCGCCGCAACUCACCGCACAGUUCAACCUCACCGGUGGUGAGCCGGUAUUCACCUCGUUCUCGACCAUCUCGACGGCCGUGGAAAUCCAGAUGACAACGGCCGACCUGAACCGACUCAAGAUCGAGGCGAGGGUGUGCCAGAAUCCACGCUCGUGCUGGGUCCAGUACACGGACGCGUUGCUGCGGGACAUGGCCGGAAACAAGGUUCAUCCUAUUGGUGAUCUGCUGGCUUUCAACACAACACCACAAGCGCAACUCUACGUGGUUGACGUCACAAGUCCCAAACUACUGUCUUUCUCACUGGAUCUUGACACAGAUAUUGUGCGGCUAACGUUUGACGAGACCGUUGACUCAUCAUCUGACAACAUUCGAGGCUUGACAUUCCACAGCUCUCCAUAUCACAAUAGUACGUCUGUGGUGCUGGAUGGCGAAGAAAGGAAGCUGACUGUCAUCGACGAUCCGGUAUUCUCGUUUGUCCUGCUGGAAGUCGACGCAAUUCAACUCAAGGCCGACUUUGGCUUGGGCACGACCGUCAACAAUACCUACAUCACACACUCAUCUGCGCUGAUCUCAGACAAAUACACAAAUCGUGUGGUCAACAGAACAAUCGGCGUAGAUGCUGUGCAGGCUAACGCUGUAGAAAGAGACGCUACAUCCGGUGACCUCUCCGAGUUCAAUGAGUUUGACUUCAACACGGGAACGUUCACCAUAACGUUCUCUGAGCCCGUGGAUGUUGAUACGUUCAAUGUGACUUUCAUCACGCUGCAGAAUGCUGCAACUCCAACGACUAACUUCACCUUGACUGGCGGAACUGUUGCCUAUCAAACUCUCGGUGGAUUGAUCACGACCGACCGGCGCAGACUUGUCGUUUCCAUGAGUGACGAUGACUUGGAGGUGUUGAAGCUCAACACGGCUAUGCUGAAUAGUGAGACAGACACGUACCUCUCCACCGAGUAUGCUGUCGUCUCCGACGCCGCCGGGAAUCCAAUCAAUGCCCUGGCAGCACCCAAACAGGCGUUGUCGUUCACAGUCGACUCCAAUGGCCCACAGCUGUUGAACUACACGCUAGACCUAACAACUCGCCAGUUGACAAUGACUUUUGAUGAUCCAGUGGAUGUGUCCACCUUGGACACCAGCCAGCUCACCUUUCAAGGUAGCAGGACCCUAGCGGCUGCAGGUGGCAACACGUACACCAUCAAGGAUCGUGCAACCACCAAUAGUUCUGAUGGUUACAGGAUCGUCCUGCUGCUGACACAGAGCGAUGUGAACGGACUACAGGCGCUACCCGGACUGGCAACGGAUACUAACAAUACCUUUGUGUCAGCCAGUUCUGGAUUUGGUUCUAACAGCCGACGUGCUACGUUUGAGGCGAUUCCCAAUAACAAUGGCCUGCGGGCGAGCGCUGUGUAUGCGGAUACUAUUCGACCCACUUUGGUCUCGUUCCGAACGGACAUGACUGCCGAGACACUGACGAUGGUGUUCAGUGAGGUUGUGAACGCCUCUCAGCUGGACGCCACACAGAUCACGCUGUAUGAGUCAGCAGACAACACAUCACGCUCUUAUCCGUUGACUGGCGGGCAGGUCAUUAGUGGCUUCUACUCGGUGGAGGUUGUGCUUUCAAUGACUACAACUGACCUGAAUGUUCUGAAGCAGCGUACCUGGUUGGUCACAAGCCAGAACGACACGUACCUGUCCCUGACAUCAAGUCUACUGUCGGACAUGUGGAACAACGCUGUGGUGCCAGUUGAGAUGCCACGCGUCGGUACCGGCUUCACGGAAGACAGCACACCACCUACACUGGACCGGUUUGUCCUGGAUCUAGAUGAAGGCCUUCUGUAUUUGACAUUCUCUGAAACAGUCAACAGCUCCAGCUUUCAGAUAGGAGAGCUGGCUAUCCAGGAGACAUUCACUGCACUGGGUACAGCCGGUGUUGUUCUCAGCCAGAAGAAUGCCACGGCUGUGCCGCUCCACAUCAUCACCGUUGAGCUGUCUGAAGCCGCUUUGAAUGCGCUCAAAGCAGACACUCAGCUGGCCAUUUCACCCGGCCGAACAUACAUCCGUGCAAGUCAGCUUGCAGUGAAAGACAUGAACAACAACUCACUGACUGCUAUCUUGUCCAACGCCGGUCUGCUAUCGGCUGAUCUGAUACCGGAUGGCAAGCAUCCCACGCUGACAUCAUACAACCUGAACAUGAAUUCAGGCUUGCUCAUGUUGACAUUCUCUGAGAUUGUCAACGCCGCCUCAUUCGAUAUUGCCGAGGUUGUGCUGCAAGGAAACGCCAGUGUCAGCGAUGACGCUGACUUGAUGCACCGACUAACGCCCGGGGCAGCACCAGCAGGAAGCACGAAAUCCACAGCUAACGACGUGUUUGUGACCGUCACUCUCGGGACAACCGACUUGAAUGAGCUGAAGCGGCUGACGCAAGUGGCCACAGCAAACACCACAACAUACAUCUCAGUCAGCAAUGCUACGGUCUGGGACAUGAACAACAAUUCACUGACCGCUAUCGGACAGGACGCUGCCAAAAGAGUUCUCUACUUCACGGAAGACAUCUUACCACCAUUUCUGACCAGCUAUGUGUUUGACCUUGACAAAGGCUUGAUCCAUAUGGAGUUCAGCGAGACUGUGGAAAGCGGUACCUUCAAUGCCACCCAGGUCACGGUCAUGAACAACGUCACGUCAACUCUGGCAACACAGUCCUACACGCUGCGCACCAGUGCUCUCACACAGACCGUCAACGACUCCACGAGUCUCUCAGUCAGACUCAGUGCCUUGGACCUGGACUCGAUCAAGUACAUGCGCUCACUGGCCACCAACGGCCUGAAUACGUUCCUGCGACUCGGCGUGACAUCUGUGUAUGAUAUGAACAAUAAUGUGUAUCAGUUCACUAUGCAGGCUAAGCCAGCUGCCCAGCACAUUCCCGACGGCACCCGGCCGAGCUUGGUUAGCUUCGAUCUAGACAUUGACACUGCUGUGUUGAGUCUGACUUUCGAUGAGCUCAUUGACCCUCUUACUGUCGACGUUGACCAGAUCUCCCUGCAAAGUGAUCUGGCCAGAAUUGCAACAACAGCAUUUCACAACCUAACUGCUGGCAACUUGUCAGGUCCGGCUCUGUUUCCUGGCCAUCCACCCAUUCUUAACAUAAGUCUUCUGCCCGACAUCAACAGGCUGAAAUAUCUGGACGGGCUGGCCGUGAGCGAGCUGUCAACGUACUUGACGUUUACGCGUAACUUUGUCAAGGACAUGGCUACUCUCGACGUUAAUCCCGGACUGCAGACAUCUGGAGAGGGGGUGACGAACUUUUUUCCGGACGUUACGUCACCACGCCUGACCAAUUUUGAUUUGAACUUAACCAGUGAGAAGCUAACAAUAUGGUUCGACGAAACUAUCAGAGUGUCCUCGAUUGUCGAGUCUCAGAUUACAUUGCAGGACGCUGGGACAAAGACCACCGAGAGGGAACUGACAACAAGCACAGUGGAAACAACUGACAACGGCUUACAAGCCGUGAUCAGUUUGAGCCGCGAUGACCUGGACGACAUCAAGCUGAACCGAGGUCUGUGCACCACUCCCGACAACUGCUUUCUGUCGUUCACCGGCGAGGCAGCGGAUGACAUGGCCAGAAACAACCUGACUGCACGUCUUGACGGCAACGCUCUGAAAGUACAAACACACUUUGAGGAUCGCACUCCACCUCGCCUUCUGGACUUUGAUUUGGACAUGAACAAUGCGACGGUGACGCUGUCCUUCAGUGAACCCGUAGAUGUUCUAACUUUGAACAUCAGUGAUGUGGUUAUUCAGAUGUCAGAGUGGAGUAACACCAGCGAGACUCAAGUCCGAUUGAGUGCUGGUGCUGGCCCGGAGCUGACCUUCACCACCUCCCCUAACGGCAACGACGUGCUCCUGCAGCUCGGGACUAAGGACUGGUACAACCUGCAGCGUAGGCGUAUGCUUGCAACCGGCAGAGCAAAUACCUUCAUCACCAUGGCUGCGAGCGGAGUGAAAGACAUGAGCAGACUGUCAUUGGUCGCGGUGCCCAACGGUAACGCCACACAGGUGAAGGGCUUCACCGAGGACGAAACCGGCCCUCGGCUGCUCUCCUUCGAUUUGGACAUGGAUACAAACGUGCUGAAUCUCACCUGGAACGAAGUGGUGGACGUGUCGAAGCUGAACAUUCGUUUCCUGACACUGCAGUCUCUAACCAGUGCACUGCUUGCUGACAAUGUGACCGUGUAUGAAGAGUACGAUCUGACCGUACCAGAACUGCGGCCCAGCAACGAUUCUCACAUCACACGCAUCGUACUAAGUGACUCCGAUGCACAUCAGAUAAAGCUGCAAACACAGCUGGCUACCACAUCCGGCAAUACGGUUCUCUCAGUGUCACCCGGUACUGUCCAGGACCUGGCAACUACACCCAGAGCAGCUCAAACAGUCGUUCUUGGUGUGUCUGGCUUUCUGCACGAUACCACCUCGCCAAGUGUGACCAUGUUCAAUGUAGACUUGAACAGUGGGCAAAUCAUUAUUGAUUUCAAUGAGCCUAUUGAUGUGCAGACUGUCAACUACACACAGGUAACCCUUGUGGAUGCAAUGACUGGUUCUACAACAUCACUGACGUUGCGUGGAGGCUCCUCGCCCAGCGUGAACGGACUGCAGUUUGUCGUAGUGCUCACCACUGCAGACCUGAACGAUCUGAAACGCGAUACGACUCUGCACCACAACCGGUCGUUUGCCUACAUGACUCUGACAUCCGCCUUCAUCCGUGACAUGCUCAACAACCCUCUGUCGCCGUAUGGUCCCCGCCAAGCGGCACAGUUUGAUGACGACAGUAAUCGGCCAUCGCUGGUCAGCUUUGUCUUCGACAACGAUGCUAGCAUGCUGUCACUGCGUUUCAAUGAAACUAUGGAUGUGUCCACACUGCGCUAUGACCAGAUCACCUUGCAAAGCAGCAGCUCAGCGACUAUGCCUGGAAUGAGUCACACACUACAGGGUGGUACACUAAAUACAACUCGAGAUGACAUCUUCGUACACAUUAUGUUGGAUCAAGCAGAUCACAACGAAUUGAAGAGGCUGGAAAUCGGCAACCAGGCCGAUCGCACUUUCCUCGUCGUAACAAGGAACGCAGUGAAAGACAUGAAGAACAACGACGUCCUGCCACUCGUAAACGGUGCUUCAGCUCGCAAAGCAGUGCCUUACAUCCGUGACAUGACACCGCCGGAGCUGACGGCCUUCUGGCUGGACCUUUCAGCAGAAACACUGUCCCUGUCCUUCUCAGAAACAGUUCGCCGAUCAAGCCUGAACACAGAUGAAAUAACGCUCUUCUCCAAGGAUGACUCAUACACACUGUCGGCAUCCAGUGCAUCUGUGAGUGAUGAUGGCACGUUACUGGUCGUGGAUAUCAGCCUCUCGGACCUGAAUGAAAUCAAGAGAAAGCCAUUGCUGGGUACAAAAACUGGUGACACAUCCAUCUCGUUCACGUCACGCAUGGUCCUGGAUAUGGUUCAGAAUCCUAUUGUCAAUCUGACUGUGGCGGACAACUUCAGUGCGCAGAACGUGACCGGAGACAACAUUGAUCCGCGUCUCAACAGCUUUGAGUUAGACCUGACCACGGAAGAGCUGCGCUUGCACUUUUCCGAAACGGUGAACGCAAGCAGCAUUGAUACAAGUGCUGUCACGCUGCAUUCCAUGCAUGCAGGCGGUGUUAACUUUACACUGACUGGUGGUGUGGUGGGUAACAGCAGUCACGAUCUUGUCCUACAGCUGACCGAACUCGACCUGAACGAAAUCAAGAAACUGACUAUGCUAGCAACAGCAGAAGCCAACACCUAUCUGUCCUUGACCAGUGCCUUCAUCCGAGACAUGGCCAGUAACAGUAUUGUGGCCGUUCCCGCUAACAAUGCCACCGCCAUUGCACCUGGCACGUUCACAGCGGACGGCAUUGCUCCUGAGCUGCGCAGCUUCAACCUGUCCAUGGACUCUGGCAUCCUGACGCUUAGCUUCAGCGAAACUGUCAAUACCAACUCUCUUGGCCCGCAACACAUUACGCUUCUGAACAGCUUGAAUGGCACCACACAGCUUCAACUGUCUCCUGGCACCAAGCUAAGCACAGACGGUCCUGUUCAAUCUGUUCUGCUCACGCAGGCUGAUUUGAAUGUGAUCAAGAGUCUGGAUGCACUGGCUGUGUCCCAAGACACCACACAUCUGUUCUUUGCUGCCGACUUGGUUCAAGACAUGAACGGGAACUCUAUUGUAGCGACCGAUGCCGGCACAUCCACUGACGUUGAUGAUUUUAUCCCAGACACAACAUCACCAAGUCUCGUCGAUUUUCAUCUGGAUUUGAACACUGGCAGGCUGCUGUUGACAUGGAAUGAAACAGUGCGUGUCAACACUAGCUCCCCAGCAGAGUUCACUCUCCAAAACCAGCCAAGCUGGCAGGCGAACACCACUGUCACUCUGCAGCUGACCGGAGGAAACAUCUCCGAGAUCAACAGCAUUGUCACCGUCAUCACGUUUCUGCCGGAUGAUCUCAAUGAGAUGAAGCGCCUAUCAAACCUUGCCAUCGCAGCAAACUCCACGUUCCUAACAUUCUCAACACUCGCUAUUGACGAUAUGAAUAAGAACGACAUCGUAGAAAUAUCGCCGGUAUCCGCAAAGGAAGCAUUAAAUUUCACCCGUGACAGCACUGCACCUCGCUUGCUGUCGUUUACUGUCAACAUGACCAGUGAAGUCAUUCACUUGUUCUUCAGCGAGACCAUUCUGGCAUCGUCGUUCAGCGUAGAUCAACUCGCCAUCCACUCUGGCCGCGAUACCAGUGCACCCGACUACACGAUGUACACACUCACGACUGGCAAUGUGCUCACCAAUGAUUCGACGUCACUGCAGUUCAAGCUGUCACUGCGUGAUCUGGAUGAGCUCAAGUUCCUUGCACUGGCCAGGACCAUCAAUGACACGUACAUGACCGUUUCCAACGUCACAGUACUGGAUAUGAGUAACAACUAUAAUGAACUGGUCGAUUUGCCCAACGCUGUUCAGGCCAAUAGGGUGGCGUCUGAUACCACUCCACCGGAGCUGAAGUCAUUCCAUCUCAACGUCAGCUCUUUCCUGCUCACUCUCAGCUUCAGUGAGACUGUGGAGGCAGCUUCUGUUGAUGUUACUGGCUUCGCAUUGCACUCAGUGAGGAACAUCAGUGACAAUGCCUCUGUUGUACAGUCAUUCAGACUGACCAACACGUCUACCGCAUUGAUUCGCAACAACCCUGUCAUCUACGUGACCGUCAGUGUGAGUGAUAUGAACGAGAUCAAGCGACUGCGCAGCCUGGCCACGUCGAGAGAUAACGCCUUCAUCAGUGCCGAUGCUGCCAGUAUCCUGGACAUGAACAGGAACCCGUUGGUUGUCGUGACAAACAUGUCUGCCCUGCAGGUCACUAACUACACUGUGGACAGUGUACCGCCACAGCUGGUCACGUUUGAUCUGAUCAUGCCAGGCUUGAAACCCCCACUUGUCAUUGAGCUGGAGUUCGAUGAGACGGUGCUUGCCAGCAGCCUUGAUCCAAAGUCUAUCGUAGUGGCCAACAGCACCACAGCAGGUGCUUCGACUUUCAGGUUGACAGGAGGCACGGUUCAAGUCGAGGACAGUACACGCAUACAAGUGACACUUACUGCAGAUGAUCUGGAGUCAAUACGUCAGCUGGACUCUACAGCUCUGCUGACCCAGGCUAACUCAGCGUACGUGUACAUUGAUGGCGACGCACUGUGGGACACGGCACAGAACAACUUCACGGGUACUGCGCUGGACACGGCGGUGAACAUCCGCAAUGGCCAGAUGCUCAAUGCUGACUUGCAGCCACCGAUGCUUCAGUCCUUCGACGUCAACCUCAACACUGGCAUGCUGUUCUUGUACUUCUCCGAGCCCGUCAACGGUAGCACAACUCUUGAGCAGCGCAUCUCACUGCACAGCUCAGAGGCUGGUGCUGAUGCACUGGCGUUGAGCAGUAACAGCACAGUGUCAGUGGACCCAGCAUUCCCAUCAGGCCUUGUUGUCACACUCACUGAUGCCGAUUUGAAUGAGUUGAAGAAGCGCCGGACGUUGUUUGUGUCCAAUAUCACGUCGUAUUUAUCCAUACAGCGCGGCAUCAUUCGUGAUCUCAGCGAAAACGAAGCCGUAGUUGUACCCACAUCUUCAGCACGGCCCGUGAAUGUUUUCCUGCAGGACGUCAAGAAACCAGAGCUGCUCAGCUUUGAUUUGAAUCUCGUCGAUGAAAGCCUGCACCUGACGUUCUCCGAAACCGUCAAUGCCACAAGCUUUGACAUCACUCAGGUCACAUUCCAGAAUGUGCGCACUGCGUCCAGCACUGCUGACCUGCUGACGUACACCAUGCAAGACAGCUUUGUGUGGCCUGUGGUGGACAGCACGGUCAUCUACAUCAAUCUGACCGAGAACGAUUUGAACGCAAUCAAGGACAUAGAGCAGCUUGUAACCACUGGCGCGGACACCUUCAUGCGAGUGACUGCCGAGCUCAUCCAGGACAUGAUCGGUAACUUCCUGGUGUCCAUCGUGCAGGAGAAUGCAUUGAAUGUCACUACGUUCAUGGAGGACAGCACACCACCAACAUUGCGCAAUAGCACACUGGAUAUGGACACGUCGCAGCUUAUUCUGACAUUCGACGAGACCAUGAAGCAGAAUACGUUUGACAUCGCCGAGCUCACGCUGCAGGACAGUCAAGUCAACCGAACACUGUGGCGAGACCUGACGGCUGCGAUUAGCUCAAGUGAUGAUAACACGAUUCUGACACUGCGUCUCUCUGAUGCUGAUAUCGACGAGGUCAAGCGAAUCAAUUUGUGUACCUCACGGAGCAAUUGUUAUCUGAGUUUCACCAACGAUUCUAUUCGUGACAUGGCCCAGUUACCUAUUGUAGCGGAAGAAGGUGAUUCCUCUCACUUGAUCGAUGUCUUUAUCCCUGACACGACCUCGCCACAAUUGCUUCAAUUCUCAGAGCUUGACUUUACCCUGGAGACGCUAACACUCAGCUUCAGUGAGACUGUGGACGUCAGUACGUUUGACAUCACACAGCUGACUCUGCAGACCCUGUUUGAAAGUCCACUCAGCAGGCUGAACCUGUCCAAUGGAUCAACACCGGAGCGGGACACAACACAGCUCGUAGUCACACUAUCGACGGAAGAUGUGGACCGCAUCAAGCUGAACGAUAAUGCGUGCACGCGCCGUGGAACUUGCUACGUCACAGCAACAUCUUCCUUGAUCAAAGAUAUGAACGGUAACGACAUUACCGCUGUUCUGGAUGGCUUUCCAGGUCGUGUUGUGCAGACUUUCAUUGCUGACAGCAAGUCACCGAGUCUCCUUCACUUCGAUCUGUUCAUGGGAGCCAGCCGACUGGAUUUGGUCUUCGACGAGCCUGUGCGGGCAUCUUCCCUGAGCACAAUGUCCAUUUCUCUGCAGUCCACUGCAAACACUACCGACGUCCCGGAAAUCAUUGCCUUGACCGGUGGAACAAAAUCCACACGCAAUGGUCGCUUGCUGAGUGUAACCCUCAGUGAUAGCGACUUGAGACGGUUGAAGAGUUCAACAUUCAUCAAGGAUUCAAACGACACCUUUCUGGCCAUGGCUGCCUCGGCUGUAACUGAUAUGUCCUUCUCACCUAACUCUGUGAAGACCAUUCCGACAACUGAUGCUCUGCAAGUGCGCAACUUCUCCAAGGAUGCCCAGGGUCCGCGCUUGGACUCAUUUGUUCUUGACUUGAAUGCUGAUACGCUUGCAUUGGUGUUCAAUGAGCCGAUUGAGCCGAGCACUCUGGACGUCACACAGCUCAUGAUUGGUUUUCCAGGAGCAAGCAAGCACCAGCUUGCCAGCGGUGUUUUGACGGACGCCACCAAUCGCAGUGGUGUUACCGAGCUGCUCUUGCAGCUGCAGAGAGUGGAUCUUCGUGAGGUCAAGCUCCUUGCAGUGACCAACAGGGGUAGCACCGCUCAGAUCACGACCACUGCUGGCUUCAUCGAGGAUACGGAUGAUGAUAGCAACCAAGUACAGAGCAAUGUCGUUGGUCAGUUGACCCAUGACACAAGCCCUGCUAAGCUGGAGCGGUUUGAACUGGAUCUGAACGCAGGCCUGCUGACGAUGACGUUUGAUGACGUCAUGAAUGCCAUUCCGUUCGACACAUCAGCCGUGACCGUUCAGAGUAUGGAGUCUCGCCAAGGCCAGGAGUUUGUCACCCUGUCAUCGUUGUCCUAUGCCAGUUCCAGGAGUGGCUACGAGUUCACAAUCACACUGCAUGCUAGUGAUCUGGACGCAAUCAAGGCUGAUCCCAGUCUGGCCACCAACAUGAAUAACACGUACCUGACCAUGUUGGCUAAUGCACUGGAUGACGUGUUUAGCCGCGAUGUUGUCGCUACCACCGAUAGCAAGGCCCUGAGAGCAUCACUCGUUCGCCAAGACAGCACACCGCCGUCACUGGACGGCGCCCAUCUGGAUCUCAACCAGGGCAGUCUCUAUCUGACGUUCACGGAAACCGUCCUGGACAGCACGCUGUCCCCGGAGCGCAUCUCACUCAUCGCAAGCCCACUGGCAGACAUCACCAACACCAGCACAGGUGAUGUUCUGACACUGCUGGCAAGUAGCACACACCGUUCUAUCAACCUCACUACCAUUGUCAUUGAUCUGGACACUGACCAGCUGAAUGUGCUCAAGUCACGUAGCUUCCUUGGAACUGGCUCCAGCAACACUUACGUCACCUUGCUGGCGGAUGCAGUCUUUGAUACGAGCCGGUUUGGAAAUCUAGAGCUCAACGAGACAUUCUCCAAGCAAGCAGCCAAUGUUGUCUUGGACACCACAUCGCCACAGCUUGUCACCUAUGAUUUGGAUUUCGACUCUGGCAAUCAAGCCAUUCUCACGCUGUAUUUCAAUGAGAUGGUUCUCUCAUCAACACUGAACACGUCUGGUAUAACUAUUCGCGGCAGUGACACGCGGACGGUGCUGGCAGAGCAGCAUAGCUUGACUGGAGGUGAUGUUACAGAGCACAACCUUACCACUGUGAUUGUUACCGUCACCUUGGCCGACACGAAUCGGCUGAAGCAGCUUCUGACGGUUGCUUCGGCACCGGCGGAUACCUUUCUAAAUAUCGUCAAUAACACCAUUCAGGAUAGCAGCAUGAACUGGGCCACUCCAAUUCCAUUCCUGGACAGUGUUUUCCCUCUGGUGUCUCUUCCAGUCAGUCAGUAUGGAACCGAUGGCAUUGCGCCAGAGCUGGAGAACUGGAGUCUGGAUAUGAAUACCGGCACUGUUGCACUGUCGUUCUCCGAGACUGUGAUGGCAAACAGUGUCAACAUCAGUCAGUUCACGAUCAGCUCCAGUGCCAACAACUCCCUCACAAGCCUCCGACUUGGCAGUGCACUGCCGCUGACUGAGGAUGGUCCAGUUAUUCAGAUGAGACUGUCUCAGGCUGAUCAGAACAAUCUCAAAGUGGACGACGGUCUUGCAAUCUCUAUGAACACCUCCUAUCUCUCUUGGGUUAUGAAUGCAGCCGUGGACACAUCAACCAGGAGAAAUCCACUGGUUACUCGGCACUUCACCAAUGGCCUGCGUACGGAAAACUUCACGGAGGACAUGUCUUCACCGAGUCUGGUCGACUUUGACCUAGACCUGAACUCCAGUAUUGCAACGUUCUACUUUUCAGAGAUAGUUCGAGCCACGACAUUCAACCUGACCCGUAUAGUGAUGCGCAGCAGUCAGAACACCAGCACAAGGUGGCAUCGUCUAACACAGGGCACUGCUAGUUUGAUGGACAGCACCACUAUCACAGUGGCACUCAGUGAGGAUGACUUGAACGCCAUCAAGAAGGACAGGCUGCUGGCUACAAGCGGUGCCACAACGUAUCUGGAGAUAGACACUCUGCUGGUGGAUGACAUGAAUGAAAACUCCGUCGUAGGCGUUCCCAAUACCAGUGCCAAGCCAGUGAGGCGUUACGUCCCUGAUCGCGUUGACCCAGUGCUUCGACGCUUCUCCCUGGACAUGACGGAGCUUUCACUCUCGCUGACGUUCAGUGAAACAGUGCAGUGGAGUGCGUUCAUGUCAUCAGCAAUCACGCUACAGAACACCGCCUCGUCGCCUACACAGUUUGUUCGCUUGCAGGGUGGCAGCGUGUCACGCGAGGACUCCACCAUCCUCACUUUGAAUUUGUCUCGGGAGAGCGCAGAUGAAAUCAAGCGUCUCGCAUCGCUGGCAGUAUCCAACGAGACGACAUUCCUGUCACUGACCCCGCAGGCAGUUAAAGACAUGGCCAUGAACAAUGUCAGCUCUGUAGUUGCCAUGGGUCAGCUUGCCCAGCAAGUCGAGGUCUUCACGGAUGAUUCGCGUUCACCGGAGCUUACGUCAUUCUCUCUGGACAUGAACAGGGCCUUGUUGACUCUGGAAUUCUCUGAAACUGUCAACGCCUCGGCCCUUCAGCCCAGCCAGAUUAUCAUCCAGGGAGGUGAUUCACAGUUGUUUGAGUUUGUGCCUCUGACUGGCGGCACAUGGCAGCGUAAUGACAGUGCUACCAUUCUCCUGACACUAAGCCAUGCUGACGACAAUGCUGUCAAGGCUAUGCGGGCGCUAGCAAAGCAUCAAUUCAACACAUACAUCUCCUUCGCCGCUCGGCUUGUCACUGACAUGCGAGGAAAUCCCAUCAAGGACAUUCCUCGGAGCCAAGGGAAACUUGCUCUGUCUUAUGUUGAAGAUCACACUCGCCCUGCCGUAACAGCGUUCGACUUGGACCUCAAUGUAGGCCAGUUGACUGUUUUCUUCACUGAAACAGUGGACAUCAGAACAUUCUACUCACCCGCCGUUGGUCUCCAAGAACAGUUCAUCUACCAUGAGAAUGUGACACGAGUUGCGCUGUCACCGGGUGCUGUGGCCUCGCCGAACGAGUCUGACGUAAUGGUCGUCCAGCUGACCAAGGCAAAGUGGGACACUGUGCGGGUACUGCGCGAGCUUGCCACCCUGGAUUCCAACACAUACUUGUUCACACCCAACAGCACCAUACAGGACAUGUCACUCAACAACAAUACGCUGCACUUCAGCACGGUGCGAGUCACCAACCUGACUCAGGAUAUCACUCCACCGUCACUUAUUGGCUGGGAAGUGGACAUAGCCAACCAACAAGCCUUCCUCACACUCAGCUUCAACGAACCUGUAGAAACGGACUCGCUGAACGCAACGUCCAUCCGCCUUCAGUCCUCGAGCAACUUCUCAUCUGGAGAUGAGUGGCUGGUUUUGACCGGUGGCCGGACGCUAAGCCCCGAUGGACUAUAUGUAGUCGUGGAGCUCACUGGACCGGAUCUCAAUGCAAUAAAGCUGAGGCCUGGACUGCUUGUGGACAUCAGCUCAUCGUACAUCAGCAUUGAGCACACUCUCAUGGAAGACAUGAACAAGAACAAAGUGAACGCUAUCGGUAUUGACUCAGCACUGAAGGUAGACGCUUACUUCAACGACACAACCCGGCCGGUUGUGACACGUUUCCAUCUGGACAUGGAUGCCAAUCUCAUCACGCUGGAGUUUGUGGAGACCAUGAAUGCAAGCAGUGCCAAUGCAUCCGGCAUGACGCUGCAGACACAUGGCAUGCGUGACGACGGAGAACACCAUCGCUUGACCGGUGGCACUGUAGUUAGCACGGACGGUAUUGUGUGGCAACUGCGCAUGACCGUCGAUGACGUCAACGAGUUGAAGCGCCUGGGCAUCGGUCGCCUCAAGUCUACCAGCUAUGUUGUGCUGGACAGUUACGCGUUGCAGGAUAUGAAUGGUCAUCCACUGCGUACGGUGACCAACUCCACCAGAGCACUGGCAGCAACCAACUUCACAUCCGACACUACCCGACCAUACCUUACAUCAUGGAGAGUCGACCUGUCCGUGAAUCGCCUGUGGAUGACGUUCGACGAGACUGUCCAGCCCACCACACUGGAAACCCCGGAGAUCAGUGUGCAGAACACAACGAAUAUCACAGCCAGCACCGAUCAGUUUGUUUUCACAAAGAACAGCUUCAGCAGAAGUCUACCCAGAACUGUUGUAGUGAUAGAGAUGGGCCGUCUAGACCUUGACCAGAUUAAGAGGCAGUCGGCAUUGCUUAUUGACAACAUGACUAGUUACCUCUUCCUGACCAACCUUACCAUCAAGGACAUGUACGGCAAUGCAGUUGUUCCCGUGACCAGUGCAAAUGCAACUGAGGCAAGUGAGUAUGUCUACGACAUUGUCCGUCCUGUGCUGGAUGAGUUUGAGAUCAACUUCGACCUGGAAACGCUGACUCUGAUAUUCUCAGAGACGGUACGCUCGUCCACCCUGAAUGUGACGCAGAUCACCCUGCAGCAGACUGCAGACACACUGGACAUGGGUCAGGAGUACACUCUAACAGCGGGUACACUGAACACCACCGACGAUCCCAUUGUUGUGUUCACCAUUUCAAAGCAGGAUCUAGUGGCAGUCAAACAGCGUAUCUUCCUGGCAACCGACAGAAACAACACAUACCUGGCCCUGACUAACUACACGAUCAGAGACAUGGCUGGCAACCUUGUCAAGGAGCGCAACCAGAGCAGUGCACUGCAGGUGCGAAACUACACGCAGGAUAUCACACGGCCGCGCCUUGUCGCCUUUGACUUAGACAUGGAUGCUCCCACAAUCACUCUUACGUUUGACGAGGCCGUCAACUCACUCACUCUGCAGCCCACUGCCAUAACGCUACAGGAUCUGAAGGCUCCCGUCGAGGCUUCGUACACACUCUCUGGCGGCUGGACGCUCAGCGUCAACGGAACAGUCAUUAUUGUGAAUGUCACCAAAGUUGAUUGGGAUGCGCUGAAGAAGAACACCAGUCUGGCUACGGACAGGGCAGAUACGUGGCUGUCGUUCACGUCCUCCUUGAUCACGGACAUGGAUAACAAUACGGUAGUGGAGAGAAGCACACUGAUGGCAAUGCAGGUCACUAACCACACUCAGGACACGACGUUCCCAGAGCUGGUCGACUGGCAGCUGGAUAUGGAUGCUGGAACGAUGAGAUUCUCGUUCACCGAAACGGUCAACGCUUUCUCCUUAUCGCCAGUGGAAAUCCUCCUUCAGGACACUGACAACACGUUGCCGAAUGAGCCUCUGCGACGCUUUGCUCUCCGUGGAGCAACAUGGAGCAUGGAAAACCUCACCCACGUCAACAUCACAUUCACCAAGGCCGAUCGUGAUGAGAUCAAGAGGCUGUCAUUGCUUGCAGUAUCGCAGAACACCAGUUACCUCUCGUUGACCAAUUCCUUCAUCAAUGACAUGAACGGCAAUCCCAUCGUACCUAUUCCCAUCACGGAUGCUACACAGGUGGUGAACUAUACGUUUGACACCACGCGUCCGGUACUGGAAAACUUCCAUCUCAACUUGAACACAACAAUGCUGACACUGACAUUCUCAGAGACCGUCAAUGUCAGCACGCUGCAGCUGAACGAGAUCACAUUCCAGCCGGUCAACACGUCCGACAUCUUCAACUUCACACGCUAUACAUCGCCUAACUAUACAGGGCCGUUGCCUAUCCCGCAUGCAGUGCCGGUGUACUUCAACCUGACGGGUAACGAUACCCAUUACUCGUACCGCGAGUCGUUCCUGAACUACACGCUCAUCGGCGGUGCAUGGCCCGGUGAUCAAGACCGUGUGAUCGUCGUGGUGACGCUGACAGAGGCAGACCGCAAUCGCAUCAAGCGUCUUGACAUGUGCACUGAAAUGAACCGCCGCGGCGAUUGCUACCUUUCCAUGCCGAACAUCACUGUCACUGACAUGAUGGGCAACUUCCUGGUACCGAUCGAUCCCUACAACGCCCAGCAAGCUACGAACUUCACUGAAGACCGUGUGAAACCUGAACUGGAAGAGUUUGUAUCUCUCGACCUCACUGCCGAAGAGGUGGUGAUACGCUUCUCUGAGACUGUCAACGUCAGUUCCUUCAAGCCUGACCAGCUGACGUUUCAAGAGUGGCCGCUGAACCAGUCGCAAACCUCCGCUGGUCUGCCACCAACCUACUGGCUCCUAACAGGCGGCUAUAACAUCACUCAGCUUGAUGACAAGACCAUACGCUUUCACAUGACUACGUAUGAUCUGAACAAAGUCAAGCAGAGCCAUCCACUGUGCUCAAUCAAUCGAUUCUGUUGGCUGACUCUCACCAAGGACCUGCUCAAGGACAUGGCUGGCAAUGAGAUUGUAGGCUUGCACGCCCCGUUGAAUGCGAAGACGUUCAAUCAAGAGACAGAGCAAGUGCAGAGCUUCAACACAGACGGUAUCAAGCCAAACCUGGUCAACUACACCAUCGACAUGGACUCUCACAUCUUAAACCUCACAUUCGAUGAGACAAUCAGCCUGCCCAGUUUCCGUGCCACUUCGCUUUCUCUGCACAGCGCAUCCAACACCACAGGUGAUGAUUAUGAGACUUACACACUGCAGUUUGGUGACGGAGCUACGGUCAUUACCACUGUCAACUGGCUCUACAUCACGUUCAACUUGAGCUUCCUUGACAUUGACAACAUCAAGAGCUUGGAGAGCCUUGCCACAGCCCAGCCGACAAGCUAUCUCCAGGUGCUGUCCACAAAUGAGCUGGACACAGUGGUGCGGGACAUCCAGGGUAACAUCGUCACCGAGCGUCUUCACCCUGAACAGUCACUGCUGCCUGCUUUCUACGUGCCAGACACCACUCCGCCGCGUGUCACCACGUUUGAGAUCAACCUGCAGGACAAGUACAUGAUUCUGUUUGCCAGCGAGCCUGUAAACCUAGCAUCAGUGCAGCUGAUCAACAUUACCUUGCAGAAUACAUUCAAUGAUAGCAGCAAUGGGUUCACCUUGACUGGCGGAACAAAGACACAUGUCGGCGGCACGCGAAAACGUCAGAUUCGAAUCGACUUUUCUCGCCAGGACCUGCGCUCCAUCAAGCUGAAUGAUCUGCUUGCAGAGGGACAGGGCAGCAUUGACACUUUCCUGGCAUUCCCCGAGGGCAUGCUGGAGGAUACAUCGACUAAUCCCGUGAUCGCCAUACCCAGUGAUAAUGCUUUGCCGGUCAGCAGCCAUACCGGUGAUUCUGAAAAGGCAGACCUGCUCAGCUUUACGCUGGACAUGGACGAGGGACAGAUAGCAGUUACGUUCAACGAUGUCAUCCGCUCUCGCACUUUCAACAACAACCCAUCCAGUCUCUACAUUCAGAACAAUGCCAUCACUGGCUUGGCAAGUCGUCGUGUCAGCUUUAACCCCGGCAGCAGAACUGAUAGCAGUGAUGGAUAUGAAGUACUCAUUCAGCUCUCCAUCCCUGAUCAGAAUGUUCUCAAAUACUACCUGGAACUGGCUACGAACUACUCAGAUACGUACCUGACCACUGAGGAUAUUGGCAAUGCUGCAUUCUCUGACGAGGGCGGACAGGAUAUAAACGCUGUCGUUACCGGCUUGACAGUCAGCAACUUCACAGCAGACACCACGCCACCCAGGCUGGGACUCUGGCAAAUCGACAUGAAUAGCGGCAUGAUCGUGCUGAGCUUUGAGGAGACAAUGCGAGCGCGUACUCUCAACGUGUCUGAACUGGUAAUUCAGAGCCAUGGCAAUUCGUCAGCUGAUGGCUUCAGAUCCUACCAACUGACCGACAGCAAUUCUACCCAGAACGACUCCACCAUGCUGCGCGUUCGCCUCAGCUUCACUGAUCUAAACGAACUGAAGAGGAUCACGCCAGGCCUGGUGACGAGUAUGAAUGACUCCUACAUUUCUUUUGCAGAGGGUACAGUGCUGGAUAUGGCUGGUAAUCGUGUCGUUGAGCGGAAUCGCGAUGAUGCAAUGUGGGUAGACUCGUUUGUUGAGGAUACGACAGCGCCGAAGCUGACCGAUUACCGACUGGACAUGACUGCAGAGUUGCUGUCGCUGACGUUCGAUGAGACAAUUGAUGCCAGCACGGUCAAUGUCACUCAGAUCACCCUGCAGAACACACAGGCAUUCAGUUCACAGGACCACACGUUGGACUUUGGUGUGGUGUCAAAUGCCGAUUCUAUCUACAUCAACAUCACUCUCCUGGAUUUAGAUAUCGACCGGAUUACAUUCUUACGGCAGCUAGCUACCAAUAUCAACAACACCUAUCUCUCUUUCACUGACCUGCUCCUCAUGGAUAUGCGCGGCAAUCAGAAUGCAGAUAUUGGUGUAAAUUCUGCCAGGAAGGCAACUUCAUUUGGCUCUGACAACACACCACCUGUGAUCCUCGGCUUUGAUUUGGACCUGGACGCAGACCGGCUGGUUCUGACGUUCUCCGAAACGGUAAUGUGGUCCUCUCUGAACACGUCUUCUAUUAGCAUUGUGGAUGACGUGGAACUCGGGCUACUGUCGGGCACUACAAACCGCUCUAACUCCAGCCGACCUGAUCGACAUCGCUUGACUGGUGGCACCGUAACACCACUUGACAGCACUGUUCUGUACGUCGUGUUUAACAAGCCCGAUUCGGACGAGCUUCGGCGCUUGUUUGACCUGGCUACUUCUGUGAACAGCACUGGUGUGUACAUGGAUCAAGGUGGAGUGCUUGAUAUGGUCGAUAACCCCUUCACUGCUGGCGGGCAUCUUGUGACAAACUUCACACAUGACACGAGUUCCCCACAGCUUGUGGAGUUCCAUGUGGACCUCUCGCUGGGCACACUCUACCUCUCGUUCAGUGAGACUGUGAACACCGACACAGUGGAUGUGACUGCGAUAACGCUACAAGACACUAGUGACAUUGACAUGUCCACUAAUAGUUACACACUGAGGAACAGCACGACAUCGUCAAAGAACGGCACCAGUCUCACCAUUGACUUUACCGCGUUGGAUCUGAACGAAAUAAAGCGCCUCAGCAGCCUGUGGACGGAUACGAACAGUACCUAUCUCAGCUUCACGUCCAGCACGAUCAUGGAUAUGAAUGCCAAUAGCAUUGUGUCCAUCAGCAACUCAACAGCAAACCUGACUACACUGUACACAGCUGACAUGGUCAAUCCGUCAUUGCUCUCAUUCCGCUUUGAUCUGAACAACUCACUCGUGUGGCUGACGUUCAGUGAGACCGUGAGGGCAGAUACGUUUGACAGCACUGGCCUGACGCUGUACAACAGCUCUGAGUUUGUAGCUUCUCCCAGCAAUGUCCUGGAUGGACGCUUCACGUUCACUCUACUUACACAGGAAAUCAGCCCUGACAGCACUGUCAUACAAGUCUCCAUUUCCAUUCCGGACCUGAACGAGAUCAAGCGGCAGCGGAAUCUCGCCUAUGAUGCCAACUCGACGUUCUUGGCCGUGCGGCCGAACGCGAUCAAGGAUAUGGCGAAGAAUCCCAACUCGAUCAAUGCCGUGCCGCUGAACAAAUCACAGUCUGCAAGUGAGUUCACAGCGGACACAACGCCACCCGUUCUGGUUGACUUUGAUCUGAAUCUGAACACGGCGAAGCUGAUGCUCACGUUUGAUGAGACUGUUGCCCCGGGCACACUGAAUGUAUCCAGCGUUGCUCUGUGGAGCGCAAGUACUUCUAGUGCUAUGGGUGCUGAGUCACGCUUCCUGUCACCUUUGCACUCCAACACUACCAGUCCCGAUGGCACACAGCUAACUAUUGAUCUUGGUCGUGGUGAUUUGAAUGCACUAAAGCUGCUGCCACCGUUAGCUCUGUCUGAGAACACAACCUAUCUCAGUGUUCUGCCACUGGCAAUUUAUGACAUGAGCAACCAAAGCGUUGUCCCGAUUGAUGCAGUGGGGACAAAGGCUGUGAGAGGUGGUGGCUACACGCCCGACGGAACAGGACCAAUCCUUGAAUACGCUUUCCUGAAUCUGACCUCAGAAUUGCUGGUACUGCUGUUCGAUGAGGUGGUCGAUGGCACGACUCUCAUGGCUGGUAGCUUGUUGUUGCAAUCUGAUGGCUCUGGUGGAAAUCAUCAUCGACUUCUAGCCAGCUACAGCAAUGAUACCCUGGCAGAGAGGAUCACGGUGCAACUUGCACAGGCCGACCUUGAUGCUAUCAAGCUCAACCAACAGCUCGCUGUUUCCACAAACACUUCAUUCCUGAAGAUCGAGCCAUCGGCCAUUAGUGACUCGGCGAUGGUAGCCAACACGGCACAGGUAAGAGUUCGUGUUGUCGACCAGUUCACGAAUGACUUCACCUCGCCCACCGUCACAUCGUUUGUGGUGGACCUGACACGGGAAGAGAUCGUCAUCAAUUUCGAUGAGCCAGUACUGCGCUCCAGUCUGAACCUCGGGGCGAUCACAUUCCAGUCUGUGAUCAACUCUAGCAGUGAUCUGAAUGAAGAGUUUACCAUCAACGGUGGCGUGUCUGACAGUGUGAAUGGCAAGCAGAUUCGCUUCACCUUCUUACGCACGGACUUGAACGCUAUCAAGGGAACGCGCAUGCUUCUGGAUGACUUGGAGACCAGCUACAUGCGCUUCACGUCCAGCUUCAUAACAGACAUGAACAACAUCACCGUUGCACCCAUCCUGGCGUCGUCGGCGCUCAAAGCCAUCGACUACAUCAACGACACACUUGCACCGCAGCUGGUGAGCUGGGACUUGGACAUGACACGAGGCCAUGUUGUACUGCGUUUCAACGAGACAAUGAACGUUGAUGACAUUCUCUUCUCGGGCAUUGCACUGCACUCGGCACCGAGUAGCGGCUUUUCACACGUGCUCACGGAUGGAGUACUAAACAAGACCGGACCAGCCACAGAUUUUGUCUUCUCCAUCGUGAAGGAUGACCUGGAUGAGUUGAAACGUCUGCAGAUUGGUUCCAGCAAGCUGACAUCAUGGCUAACAAUGUCCUCAGCCACACUUCAGGACAUGCAUGGACACGAUGUCAUAGCUCUGGUGAUUGGCCGUAAUGCACGGCCGGUCACUGGCUUCACAGUCGACGCUGUACAGCCGAGGCUGCUGCACUUUGACUUGGACAUGUCCCUGGACGAACUCUACAUGUCAUGGAGUGAGACCAUCGACAAGAUAUCCUACACUGCUGCCGUGCUGACUCUACAGAACACCUUCACGGCAUUCAACAGAAGUGAGCAGUAUAACCUGUCGAUUAGCAGUUCUCUGAAGAAUGCCGGCAGGGAUGCCACUAAUCUGACCAUCCGCCUGAGUCGCGAGGACAUGAAUGCAAUCAAGAGACUCCAGAUGCUGGCAGUAGGCUACAGCUCUACGUUUGUGACGUUGAGUGGAGAGUUCAUCGAAGACAUGGUGCAAAACCCUGCGGUGAACAUCAGCAACAUGGAUGCCCAGCAGGUGAGGAUAUUCACGGCGGAUUCAGUGCGGCCCACGCUGGAGACGUUUUCACUCAACAUGAACGACAGUACUCUGACGCUGAACUUUGACGAGACGGUCCUGUGGCUGACGCUGAACGCCACACAGAUCACACUGCAGUCUGGCCGUGUCAAUGCGUCAUCCAGUGCUGCUGACCCACAGUCGUACACAUUGACUGGGGGAGAUGUCUCAAGGAUGAACAGUCAUCAGCUUACUGUCUCACUAACCCUACUGGACACUGACGAGAUCAAGAAGCUUACUGGCCUAGCACGCUCACCCACUAGCACCUGGAUUUCCUUCACCAAUGCCACAGUACAGGACAUGAACAGAAACUGGAUCCAGGAGAUCAGCCCGGAGAAUGCUAAGGAAGUGGUAGGUUUUACAGUGGAUUCCAUUGACCCUGAACUUCUCUCAUUCACGCUGGACUGGAACACGCAUCAGCUUACGCUGAGUUUCAGUGAGACUGUGAAAGCCUCCGAGCUGAGAGCCAGUGCCAUCACCCUUCAGGAUAGCUUGGUGAACGCCGCGUUUAACUUCACCUUGACUGGCCGUGUCCGGCAUGUUCCUGACCUGACUGACUCACCAGUGCAGGUCAUUGAGCUGGUGAAGUCCGACAUCGAGUUCAUCGAGAAGCUCUUCAGCCUGGCGACACACGUCAACAACACAGUGUUAGCUCACACUGCCCUGCUGGUGCGGGACAUGGAGGACAGGCGCAUUGUUCCGAGAACUGCUGGACUGCAGGCUCUGCGUGCGUUCAACUACACUCCGGACACAACUGCUCCAGAGCUCAGCAGGUGGGAGAUUGACAUGAAUGCCGCCAGCAAAGUCACCCUCUACUUCUCUGAAGUGAUCAAUGCAGAGACAUUCAAUCCCGCUGCCGUAACUCUUUUCUCCACGCAGUCUGUAGCUAUGCAGCGAGAGGCAUUCACUCUGAACUCUUCACUGCCGACAGUCAUCAAUGAGACUGUGUUUGAGUUCUCCUUCACGGUGGAUGACUUGAAUGCCUUGAAGCAGCAGUCACGACUUGCCAUCGAUCCCUACUCAUCCUACAUCAGUUUUACCGCGGAAAUGAUCCAAGAUAUGAAUGAAAAUGCAGUGACAGCGGUGACCAGUUCACUGGCACAGAAUGUCUCAAAGUUCGAGUACGACACCACCCAUCCACAGCUGACGUACUUGACGAUGGAUAUGAACACCGGGGAGAUGAGACUGGUGUUUGACGAGACCAUGCAGAGGCAGCGUCUGAACUUCACCAGUUUCACGCUGUACGGCGGGUUUAGCAAUGACUCUGGCGUUGCACUGCACACGCUGACGGGAGGAACGUCGAUCAGUACCGACAAUACCAACAUCACCAUGAAGUUCUCCACGCCGGAUUUGAACGAGAUCAAACGCAAGGCACUGUGCACGGAUGCGAACGGCGAAGCUGACUGUGUGCUUGUGUGGCAAGCCUCGGCAUUUGCUGACAUGGCUGACAAUGCUAUCAUCCCUGAGCUGUAUGGUCGUGUUGUGGACAAAUUCAUCAGAGAUGACCAAGAGCCCGAGGUACGGUUCUUCAGUGAAUUCAACCUUGAGAACUUGACCUUCACUCUUGAAUUUUUAGAAACCGUCAACGUCUCCACAGUGGACUUCACGCGCUUCACAUUCCAGACUUUCUUUGAGAAUGCAGAGUUCUCCCUGCCUCUGACUGGUGGUAGAGUAUUGAAUGUUCUGGAUUUGCCUAUUGUAACCAUGGCCUUGUCUCAGACUGACAUUGACCGAAUCAAGACGCACAGCAAGGUUUGCACGCAGCGUAAUCUUUGCUGGAUCACGGCAAGGGCAGGCGCAGUUGACGACAUGGCUGGCAAUCCACUUGCAGUGCUGAGUCAGGGUCGCUACUCGGAGCGGUUUGUUGCUGAUGUGUCCGAGCCAUUGCUCACCUCCUUCAACAUGUCUCUGGAGGACCACACUCUGACCUUGAGCUUCAAUGAGCCAGUCUUGGCAUCUAGCUUGAAUCCAACAUCUCUGACUGUACUGGCAAGUCGAACAGCCGGUAUGGCAGAGCGCCACACAUUGACUGCUGGUCGCACUCUCAGUACCAAUGGCCGCGAGAUCGUCAUCCAACUAACAACUGCUGACGUGAAUGCACUGAAGUCAUCGACUUUUUCAAAGAACGAAAACAACACGUACAUCUCCUUCCUGUCCAGUCUGAUCACUGACAUGGCUCACGUCCCCAACUCUGUUAAGCCACUCACCUUCAGCGAGGCUGAGCGGGUCGAUGUGUAUGAAGCGGACACCACACCACCACGCAUAGUCCACUAUCAGCUGGAUAUGGAUGUAGACAGGGUGACGCUGACUUUCGAUGAGCCAGUGCGACCGCGCACGCUUAACUUCAGUCUCUUGGCUAUUGUAAACACCAGCGUGAGUGCAGCGCCUACACAGAGAGUUCAGCUGACGGGUGGACUAAUCACAGCACAGACGGCCCAUGAUGGUGUGCUGUCGGUGGUGUUUGAUCUGUUGAAAGUGCCGGAUACUCGGUCCUUGAAGGUCUUCCUGGACAUUGCUACUUCGCAAAACAACUCGUACCUCUCCAUUGGUGCUGGCAGCAUUCUCGACAUGGCAGAUGACGGUAAUGGCAUACAAGCUGUGUCGGCACGUACGCCCAAUGCCUUCGUAGCAGACACUGAACAAGCACAGCUGGCUAAUUUCACCAUAGACAUGGAUGCUGGUACACUGGAUCUAGUCUUUAACGAUGUUAUGCUUGCAUCGUCAUUUGAUGCUCGCGGCAUUACCCUCCAGGACUUCCGUUUCUCCAACGGGCCUUUGUAUAUGUACCGACUGAGCAAUGAAAGCCGCACAGCCAACAGCAGUGGGUACUACUUUACUGUGCAGCUAUCUAGCAAUGACCUGAAUGCAAUCAAAAUGCUGACACUGCUUGCAACCGAUCAGAAUAAUACUUAUCUGAGGCUGGAUUCGUCUACAAUGGAUGACAUCUAUCAGCGCAAUGUACUGGCCAAGACGGACGGACAAGCCAUCCGUGCCAGUGGGUACACCAAGGACGUCACCGCGCCAGAGCUCAGCACGUUUGAUCUGGACCUGACGUCGGAGACGCUCACUCUGGUGUUCAAUGAAGCCGUGAGCAGAUCUACACUGCAGCCGGGCGCUCUGGUGCUGCAAUCACCAGAUACGCUACUCACCGUAACACUGAACGCACUGAGCACAAGCAGUACCGUGUCGCCGACGACUAUUCGUGUCAAUCUACUGAACUCCGACCUGAACAAGCUCAAGCUCAACCCCAAUCUGACCACCAGUGCCCAGGACACUGUUCUAACACUGGGUGAUGCGGCCAUUGAAGACUACGACAGGAACACGCUUGUAGGGUUCAACAGCAGCUUUGCGGCACCCAUCCGUAUCUUUGUGCCCGACAGCAAUCCACCUCGUCUUGUCUCCUGGUUCUUGGACAUGGACCAUCCGGCCAGGCUUGUGUUGAGUUUCCACGAAAUCAUCAACCUAACAACAGUCCUGCCUAGUCAGUUCACCGUUCAGGACCAGCCAGACCGCACCAGUCCCCAGCACAUGUACCGACUUACCGACGGGCAGGUCGAUACCAGUGCACAGUUUUCUUCGUCGGUGAUCGUAUUGCUCUCACGUUUCGACACCGAUGAGCUGAAGCGCAUCACGGCGAUUGCAACUGCCAAAGAAAACACCGCCAUAACAUUCACCAACCGCACGGCACAGGACAUGAACGGCAUCUUCAACGAGGCCAUACUGGACAAUUUUGGCCGCGUGGCCGCUUCAGUUGACCCCGACUUGACUGCUCCCGAGCUACUGUCAUGGAACAUCAGCAUGUCAACUGGUCUCCUGACUCUGUCAUUCUCAGAGACAGUCAAAAGUAGUACACUGAACGGCACGCAGAUUACUAUCUAUGGUGCUAACUCUACCGGUGUGGGUGUCUCCAGCUACCAGCUGACCGUCACUGACGUUCGAACAUCCGACAAUGCCCUGCAAGUCUUGCAACUGGCUACCGUUGAUUUGAAUGAGCUGAAACGUGACCUGGCCCUUGCAUCGAGUCAAGAAGACAGCUUCCUGUCCAUCACUUCUCUUGCUGUUCAAGAUAUGAACAAGCAGGCAGUCAUGGCAAGAGACACGGCUGAUACACUGCUACAGGCCGCAGCGUAUGAGCAGGACGCUGUGGCACCUGUCCUGAAUUCAUUCUCUCUGAAUCUCAAUACAUCGACCCUGUACUUGACGUUCAGCGAAACGGUGGAUGCCUCCAGCAUGAACGUGUCUGGUGUGACUGUCCAAUCCAGUCGCUUACCAACAGCUAUGAGAGUUCGUCUGACACCAUCCAGCAGUGUAGUUUUGCAAGAUGAUCCUGUAAUCGUGGUGCAGGUCUCUGUCCAGGAUGCCAAUGCCAUCAAAGUUCUACCCCGACUGGCAGAUCACAAAGAUCGGACAUACCUGACUAUCGACUACGCUGCCAUCAAUGACACGAGCGGCGUAGCAAGUCUACAGCGCUCAAAUGCAGACGCUCGGCAGGCAGAUUUUGUAAUCAAUGACGCAAUCAGUGCUCAAAUCGAUGGGUAUCAGCUGGACUUGAACACGGGUGUACUGUCUCUGACAUUUGUUGAGCCUAUUGAUGCAUCAACCGUCGAUCCUCUGCAGCUUUCAUUACAGAACAUGCAAAUUCUUGAUAGUGGUACGGUUGUGAGAAACCUGACAGGAGGUACAUCAUCAGUAGUAGACAGUACAACCAUCAUGAUCACACUCAAUGACAAUGACCUCAACUACCUGAAGCGUUUCCGCCAGUUUGCCGCUGAUGUCAACUCGACGUUCUUAGUGAUGGGUGAAGCGUUUGCGCGUGACAUGGCUGGUAACCGUGUCAAUCCAUUGCACGUGGGUAAUGCUCUGAAGGCAUCUGAUGUGAGUGAUGAUGUGACCAACCCAUGGCUACGCUCAUUCAUCUGGGACCUGAACUCACAGACCCUGCAGUUGACGUUCAGCGAGACUGUGGACCCAAUGUCUGUUGAAGUGACGGCGUUCACACUGCACAGCUCUGAGCUGGCUAACCAACGCAGCUAUGCCUUGACAAAUGGCACUGUCAUCAACACGAUGGAUGCAAGCAGAGCAGCAAUCCCCAGUCCCACCAUCUACUUGAGAAUGUCAGAUGGCGACGCCAACCAGCUGAAGACAUUCCUAGAUCUGGCCACACAGCAAGCAGACACAUUCCUGGCAAUAACAUCCAAUGCUGUCAUGGACAUGAGUGACUUGGCCGUCAAUGCAACUAAGCUUCCUCCCGCUGCCCAGGCACAGUCAGUCAUACCUGACAUCACUCCACCAGAAUUGAGCUCGUUUGAGCUGGACAUGGACGAGUCAGUGCUAACUCUCAUCUUUGACGAAACCGUCUCGUCACCUUCACUGCGUAUCGGCCUCUUUACGCUGCUCUCCGAGCCUCAUCUGAAUGCUUCUUCGAGCUACACGCUGCAAGGCCAGACAGUUGACAGUGUCAACAGCACUAGGCUGGUUCUGCAGCUUGUGAACAGCGACAUCCUGGGCAUCAAGAACAAGACGGACUUGGCCACAUCUGUGAACAACAGCUAUCUGUCAAUGCAGUACAGUGCCGUGUUGGACAUGGCUGUUCGUCCGAAUCUCGCUGUCCCCUCGCUACAGCAAGCAAGCCUCUUCGAAGCAGACAUGACCAGCCCCAUACUCUCCAACUACACGGUGGACUUGAACCUCGGCCGUAUCUACUUCAACUUUGACGAGCCAGUAAACUCCGCUCUGUUGAACAGCACGGGAAUAACGGCUGUAUCGCGUGUGAACGCUUCCCUAUCAGAGCAGUAUACACUAACACUGGGGCGCACAACCAGCCCCAAUGGCUUCACCAUCGUCUUCAUCAUCAAUGUGACGGACCUGAACGCCAUCAAGCAGAACCCGCACCUAUGGAGCAGCCCUAACAACACAUACCUGCUACUGGACUCACACGCCUUUGCAGACAUGGCUGACAACCCGGUUGAGGAGAUUCCGCUCAGCAAGCCUCUUGCACCUUUGCUGUUCAUCAACGACAUGACCCGGCCUUCACUCACAAGCUGGGGAAUUGACAUGGACGCUGGACAAGUGACGCUUACUUUCCUGGAGACGGUCAAUGCUUCUAGCAUUGUCUAUCCACUGGUGUUCUUGCAGGCAGCCUUUUUCCAGAAUGCAUCUCAGGGCGGCAAUGUGUAUCAGCUGACGGGCGGUUCACUCGUGUCUGUGGAGGACACUACGCAGAUUGUCUUCAAUCUGACACUGGAUGAUCUCAAUCGAGUCAAAGCCCUGGAAAUCGCUGACACCAAGCCGAGGUCGUACAUCCAGCUGGCUGAGGGUGCAGUGCGUGACAUGAAUGGCAAUGUUAACAACGGCGUGUACAAUGGUCUGAACGCCAUGGUGGCGGAUAGCCAUACUGGCGACACAACAGACCCGGAGCUCACAGACUUCGAUGUGGACCUAACUAGAGAGGUGCUGACGCUGUACUUCACCGAGUCCGUACGUGUUACCACUCUUCAGGUGUCAGCUCUGACUCUUCUCUCAUACCCUGGAGCUGUAGCUGACAUGGAUCGCUUCUCACUGACAAACAGCAGCUUUGCUACAUCAGCAGAUGGCCCAGUUGUCAACAUCACACUGAGUCUUCAAGAUUUGAACGCUAUCAAGCAACGGCACAAUCUUUUCACCAACACAUCCAACAGCUACCUGGCUGCUGAAACGCGUCUCAUCGAGGACAAAGUCAAGAAUCCGUUCGUGACAGUGAAUGAAACACACCCUCUUGCCGUUCAACAGUUUGCUAACGACACCACGUCACCGGUUCUGGAAUUCUUUGACCUUGACAUGACACUGGAAACGCUGACCCUGUCGUUUAGCGAGACCGUGCUUGUGUCCACGGUCAACCCCAGUCAAAUCACGCUGCAUGCUGGUCGAAACAACGCCAAUACUACCUAUGAACACUACACACUGACGGACGGUACCGUAGAGCAUGGAGACCAGCCUAUAGUAGUACUCAAUCUCACCACCACUGACCUGAAUGCUAUCAAGCGCCUCAUCACUCUAGCCGUAAACAAGGACACGACGUGGCUAUCAGUCACCAGUGCCACACUCACCGACAGCAAUCACAAUCAGCUGCAGGUGAUUCCGUUCAACUUCUCAAAGCCUGCCCAGCGCUUCUCCCCGGAUACCACUGACCCGGUGCUGGUUGAUUUUGACAUCGACAUGGAUGCCAGUCCACGGCUCUUGCUAACAUUCUCCGAGACUGUCAACAGUCUUACGCUACGACCCACACAUAUCCGAUUGAUCAACACUGAAGAUGAGAUUAACGCAACGGCAGCCUAUUCGUUGACGGGAGGAGCAACAGCGAGCGUCAAUGGGACACGUGUCAUCGUCGACUUGACUAAGAACGACUCUGACUACAUCAAGACAAACACCAGUCUCUUCACUGGUCCUGUUGACUCCUAUCUAUCUAUUGGCAGUGAGUUGAUUGAGGACAUGGCCAACAACAGCGUAGUCACCAUACCAAACACCAGUGGUAAGAAGGUACACAACUACACGGAAGACACAACACGUCCAUACCUUGUAGGCUUCUCACUAGAUAUGGACUCAGCCACUCUGGUCAUAACAUUCUCCGAAAGCAUAGAUACAUCAACACUGGACUCUGCAGAAUUGAGACUACAAGCCUUGGUCAACCUGACUUCUCCAUUGCCGGUCAAUGGCACCAUCAACAGGACUGAGUUGGAGCAGUUCCGACUGCAGAUCUUUGACCUGACCGGCCACGACAACCGAAGCACGGUCGAUGUACCUGUUGUCUCAUUCAACAUUCUGAAAGCCGACAUGGACAUCAUCAAAGAGCAUUACCUGGUAGCAACGCAGCUAAACACAACCUUCUUGUCCCUAACCAAUGCUACAAUCAAAGAUAUGAACAACAAUCCAGUCAUACCGGUCACACAGACCCUGGCUUGGCCGGCACAUACAUUUCUACAGGAUACCACCGAGCCAGUCAUCAUGCGCUGGAGAAUCGACAUGGACAAGGGAACAUUUGAGAUUGACUUCAGCGAAACCGUGCGGAGGCCAUCGCUUGUAUUCCAGUCCUUUGUCAUACAGGAUGCACCUGACAUUGAUGAUCCCGUACUCCAGCUAACUGGCGGCGUGUGCAAUGAUUUCAACAAGACCACCUGGCUGCUAGAAUUCAACCCUGCCGAUUUGAACGAGAUCAAGAGACUGGAGAUCUGCUCUGAACGUUUCCAGAGGGAUGACUGCCAUCUCUCGUUUGACUCCUCCGCCCUGACUGACAUGAACAACAAUCCCGUCAGACCGUUCAACUCAUCGCAAGCUCGCAAGGUGCAGUCGUAUCAACCAGAUCGCACAGCCCCGGACCUGUACCAGUUCAUCGACUUCAACAAGACCACCGAGUCCAUCACGUUGAAUUUCACUGAAACUGUCAAUGUGUCCACGCUGGUUCCGUCCGAGAUCUCAUUCGCAACGGAUUUCUUCCAAUUCGCCGCCAGCCGAGACUUUGAAGCAAUCAACAUGACAGGAGGCUCCUUGCUCAGUCCAUCACAAGACGCCAAUUCAACAUCAAACAACAACUUCGUGACAUUCACGGUCAACUGGUACAGCUGGAACCGCAUCAAGGAAUCGGACAGAUUGUGCAGUAACAUCCCGACGUGCUUCAUCCGCUACUCCAACCUUGUGAUCAAGGAUAUGGCGGGUAAUGAUGCAGUACCUGUGUUGACCAGACAGAGUGGAUCAACCAAGGAAGUACCGUCCACGUUCACGGUUGACAAUGUACCGCCUCGCCUCGUCAACUACAGUAUGAACCUCGAGACUGAAGUCAUGGUGUUCACGUUCGACGAGCCCGUCAGAUUCAACACAUUCAACCCGCAGGCCAUCACGCUUCACAGCAGCACUGAAGAUGGUCCUCUACUGGAGGAACACACUUUCCUGGGCGGCAUGAUCAACACCACACGUAACUGGCUAUACAUUGGUCUCACUCUGGGCAAACCUGACGUACUCAUCAUCAAGUACCUCGAGGAGCUUGCCAACAAUCAAACCGACACGUACCUCAGCAUUUCGCCGGAACUGGUACGGGAUAUGAGACUGCCAGAUACCACUGGUGGAAAUCAGAUUGUCCAGUCUAACCGAUCGCACGGCGCACUGCUGCCGUGGGACUACGAACGCGAUGUUUCGCCGCCGGUGCUGAGUAACUACACGCUGAACCUGGAGCUGGACGAGCUGUAUCUGACGUUCACCGAGCCAGUCAAGAUCCUCACUCUCAACACCACUCUGAUCACACUGCAGAGCUUGCCAAAGCUGAGCAGCCCAGGUGUAGAGUACGUCACUCUGCGAGGGCACCAGCGAAGACAGUAUGAACGCGGCACAGUCGACAAGACCAGGAUCACCGUCACCAUACUGCCCGAGGAUAUCCGCGAGAUCAAGGUCCGAGAUAAGCUGGCAGUGCGUGACACUCAGUUCAUCAGCAACAACGGUCUGUACCUCUCCAUGCCCGAGGGAGCCGUUGGUGAUAUGUGGUACAACCCGCUGGUAGAAAUACCUGCGGAGAACGCCCAGGUGAGGGAUGUGCUGGUGGAAGAUGCGGAGCAGCCUAGUUUGAUUGACUACGAUAUUGACAUGGACAGUGGACAGAUGACGUUUGUCUUUGACGAUGUGGUGGAGCCGCUCAAGCUGACCCCGGCGGCGCUUACAUUCCACAAUCAAAGCACUGCAAGUGGCAGCAAUAACUUCACACUGACCGGCGGUACACCAAUUUCACCACGCGGCUAUGUCAUCGUGCUCAACUUCACCACCGGCGACUUCAACGCACUGAAGAAGAACGAGGGCCUGCUGACGAACAAGAGUGACACGUACAUCACCUUCACCCAGGACAUGAUUACUGACGAGCGUGGUCUCUUUGUCGUGGAGAUCCUCAGCAUCACCAAGCGUGUGCGCAGCUUCACCGCUGACACUACACGCCCUGUGUUGCUUAACUAUACUCUGGACAUGAACUCAUUCACGCUGAAUCUGACCUUCAGCGAGACAGUGAAAGCAUCAACUUUGAGCCGGUCACAAAUCACACUGCAGGACCGUGCGAACAUCUCACAGGACUUCAUCUUCCCACCUACAGUUCCGCCGACGGUCCCACCAACGGUCACUCCAGCUACGAAUGUGACUGGUGCUAAUGGUUCCAAUCCAACAAACAACGGCACAUCAGGCAACGGAACACUGUGCACUCCGAACGCCACUGCCAACGGAACGUGUAACAAUGGCACAACAUUGAACAACACUCUGCCUCUGGCGGGAGGUGCAACUGUCAUCUUGUGUCCCGGCUGCUUGCACUACACACUGCGUGGCAGUUCACACACCCCGGACGACUCCACCGAGAUCAUUCUGACUCUGGAUGUACCGGAUGCGGACGAGAUCAAGCGUAUCUUCGGACUCGCUAUAUCCCGUGCCACCACCUGGAUAUCGUAUCCGCAGACGUUGAUCCGAGACAUGAACUUCAAUAGCAUCAACUGGCUGAUACCGUAUGCGAGCACCAGUGCCCAGCAGGUUGGUGCAUUCAUUGAGGAUACCACACCACCUCAUCUAGUCUGGUACACGCUGGACAUGGAUGAAGGUAGACUGUUCCUGCAGUUCCAGGAGACUGUCAACGUUACGUCGUUUGACGUCACACAGAUCAUCCUGCAGAGCGUCGCCAAUGUCACUAACCAGUCCGAGCCUGUGUUCAUGUACCGCUUGACAGGGGGAAACAGUACGCUCAACCUGAUCAACUUUGUGGAAGUGAACCUGACCAUAACCGAUCAGAAUAAUAUCAAACGCAUCGAGGGAUUGGCUACUUCAAGGAAUGACACGUGGAUCACCUACUCAUCCCAGCUGCUGCGUGACAUGAAUUCGCAGCCAGUGGUGGCCAUCUUCAAUGACUCUGCCGUGCAGGUGCAGAAUUUCACCGAGGACACCAGUGCACCAGUGCUGGUCAAUUUCGACCUUGACUUGGACGGUGUCCCCAGCCUGACGCUCACAUUCCACGAAACCGUCAAGUCCAAUACGCUCAACUACACCUCACUUGCUCUGCAAAACUCAAGCUGGGCAGCGAGGGGAAAUGUAACCAGCCAGCGCUACUGGCUUGUUAACGGUGCACACGACGAGCUAUACGAUGACACAGUCAUUGUUAUCACGCUGUCCAAGCAAGACCGGGAUGAGAUAACGCGCCUGGCAGACUUGGCAUACUCCAGUGUCAGCACCUAUCUUGUUCUGUCAAGCACUGCUAUCUUGGACAUGAACGGUAACAGGCCAGUUCCUAUCAUCAUAGGCAAUGCACAGCUUGUUCAGUGGUACACAGCAGACAAGAGCGAGCCUAUCCUAGAACGCUAUCACCUAGAUCUCACAGCGCAGACACUCUGGAUGUCCUUCUCCGAGACAGUCCUACUGAGUUCAUUCAAACCGACGGAAGUCACCCUGCUCGGCGACGAUGUUCGCGUGGCCAACUCCACGCAGGAACGCAAGCUAGUUGGUGGUGAUUUCGAAAUGGUGGAUGCAACCACUCUGUUGUUGAACUUGACCAAGCUGGACUUGGAUGCCAUCAAACUGCAGCAGAACCUGUCAGUGAGCAAUGAGAGCACAUAUCUAUCUCUGACUGCAGCUAGCAUUCAGGAUAUGGCUGAGAAUACCAUCACGCCCGUACUGGUGAAUGCCAGUCAGCGCGUUGAACUAUUCACAGAUGAUCAAAUCAAACCGGAACUUCUUUGGUUUGACCUGGACCUGACACGUGAGUGGCUGACUAUGCACUUCUCCGAGCCUGUUCUGGCUGACAGUAUUAACGUAGAGCAACUUACCAUUCACUAUGCUGCCAACACGACGACUUCGGCACGAGAGUUCACGUUCAAUGCCAGCUCAACCAGCAACUUGUCGCCCAACGGUCUGACGCAGAUCCUUGCCAUUGGCUUGGCGGAUCUGAAUGAGCUAAAGCGCAUCCGAUUCUUAGCGACUGCAGAGAAUGACACGUUCCUUGCCAUCACACCUGAAGCGGUGCAAGACAUGAACUCAAACCAGGUCGUUGCUAUUGAUCGUCGGCAGGCCAAAUCUGUGCGACGCUAUACCAAUGACACCAUCCUGCCCCGACUGACAGGCUUUGAUUUGGAUAUGAACAUGGCACUUUUGACGCUUAGCUUUAGCGAGACAGUUGAUGCCACCUCGUUGAUGAUUGGUGAACUCAUCUUCCAGCCUGAGCAGAAUGUCUCCUCAAUGCUUCUUUCACACCAGCUCAGAAGCGGCUCAUUGCCACAACUGAGCAGCUCAAGCAGCCCUGAUGGUACUGUGAUCCUGAUCAACAUUGGUGUGCUGGAUAUGAACGCAAUCAAGAAGAUCAAAGCCCUCGCACGGCGGGUGGACAACACUUUCUUGACCUUCAGCCCUGCACUCGUCUCGGACAUGAAUGGCCUGACUGUGGUACCAAGCAUGGCGCAAAACUCAACACAAGUUUCGCCUGUCGGCUACACCGAGGACAGCACCGCCCCCGUACUGGCGUCGUUUGCCCUGAACCUCACCAGCGAGACACUGACACUGGUGUUCGAUGAAACAGUGGAUGCCAGCACUCUCAUGGAAACCAGGAUAACACUGCACGCCGCCAACUCUCUGCUGAAUGGCGGCAAGCACAGACUGCGCACUGCUCGCCGCAAGACCACCGAGGAUGGAACCACUCUGGAGGUCCUGCUCGCCAUCAAUGACCUGCAUGCUGUCAAGUUACAGCGUGACCUGGCCGUGUCUAUGUCGUCCACCUGGCUAACACUGCAGAACACUACGCUGGAGGACAUGGCGUUGGUCCCGAAUGCCAAUGACUACACUCUACAGGAAAGCACCCUGUUCUACAAUGAUACAACUGCGCCUCGCCUGACCAACUUCAGUGUCAACAUCAAUGCAAGCCAGCUCUUGCUGACCUUUGACGAGCCUCUGGAUCGCAACACGCUCGUCUUCCAGGAAAUCACACUGCAAAGUAAUGAAUCGUCCAAGUUUACCAAUGAGUUCCAGGUCCUGAGAAAUGCCUCAUCGGCUAGUCCUGACGGCCUGGUGUUUGACAUCAUAAUACCAAUUGAAGACUUGAAUGAAAUCAAGCGUAAGACAGGUCUGUGCACAUCACGUCAUACCUGUUACAUCCUGCUGUCUGCUGACUUCGCCACUGACAUGUUUGGCAAUCCACUUAGCCCGAUCGAGAACGCCGCUGCCUUCCAAGCCGGUUCAUUCUUGGACGACUCCACGUCACCCCGUCUCCGUGACUGGAGUUUGGACUUCAACACGGGAACAUUUGUACUAACGUUUGCAGAGACAGUGGACGUUCAAUCCUUGCUGUUCACACAGCUGACACUGCAGUCCAGCAUGAAUGUUAGUGGCAGCAAUGACAGCUACAAACUCACCAGCGGAAGUCUGAACAACAAUACUGACGGUACCACGGUCUCUGUGCGCCUGUCUGAUUACGACUUCAAUCAGUUGAAGGCGGCUCGCAUUGGCCUGACUAGCCUGACAUCAUUCAUCAGCUUCCCAUCCACAGCCCUAGAGGACAUGAACAAACGUCCUAUUCUGCCAUUGGAGUCCGAUGGCUAUGCUCAGCGUGUCGGUGGAUUCAUCAAUGACACCAGCGCACCAUCGUUGAUCAGCUUCAACCUGUCCAUGAACAGUGGCCAGUUGUUCCUGCAGUUUAACGAGACAGUCGAUGUUGACUCGCUCUUCACCAGCCAAAUCACUCUGCAAUCCGAUGCAUCAGGUCUACAGAGCAUGUAUGUCUUAAGGUCACCGUUCACAAGGAGCACCAGUCCAGACUGGACCAACAUCAUCAUUGACAUCAACAAUGACGACUUGAAUGAGAUCAAGAAGCUAUCCCAGCUUGCUGUAGGUGGUUCUUCAACCUUCAUUGCCCUGCCACCAACGUCCAUUCAGGACACCAGUGAGAACGAGCUAUCAGCAAUCGACUCCAGCGAUGCUAAAGUUGUGAGUAUUUUUGUUGCAGAUUCAACCGACCCAGUUCUGCAGGGUUUCGAUCUGAACAUGUCCACGGAAGAGCUGACACUUCGAUUCUCGGAAACCAUUGACGUAUCCACGGUGGACCUGACACACAUCAGUAUUGGCCAGUUCAUGGAUUUCAGUACAACAGAAUCUAUGGUGAGACUGAGUGGUGGGUUCAUAUCGUCUGGUGACUCUCCAGAAAUCACCGUCUUGCUCAACAGCCCGGAUGUCAAUGCACUGCAAGUGCUGUAUGAGCUUGCCAUCGAUGCCAACUCAACCUACGUGUCCAUCCAGUCGGCCUUACUCGCAGAUAUGAACGCUAACCCCAUUGUGGAGAUCAACAGCACCAGUGCAUUGCCUGUUAGCAGGUAUACCAGUGAUACCGUAUCACCGCUACUGACUGCGUACAGCCUGGACAUGAACGCUGCACCACGCCUCAUGCUCACUUUCUCCGAAGUGGUGGACGCCUCAACUUUGAUUCCCACCGAGCUCAGCUUGCUAGACGCAAUGCCAGCCACCAGCAGCUUCAACCUGACAGGUGGGCUCACAGACUCCCCGAACGGAACUGUUAUAGUACUGUGGCUGAGCGAAGAGGACAGCAACAGCAUUCGCCAGGAUGCCCGCUUGGCCAUCUCCCAGAACACCACGUUUGUCCAGUUCUCAAACUCGCUCAUCAUGGACAUGGCCAGCAAUAACGUAACUGCGGUCAGUGCACAGCGGGCUAGCAGCUUUGUGCAGGACCUCACCGUGCCUACUCUAAUUGCAUUCCAGUUUGACAUGUCCACGGGCCAGUUCAACUUCACCUUCUCCGAGACCGUUGAUGCCUCGAGGUUUGAGCCUUCAGCCUUAUCUGUACAGAACAUGCCAGGUGCAGGCAGCAGUGUUGUCUCACAUGCUGUUGUGAAUGGCACUUGGGAUGUGUCAGCCGAUUCCACCGAGCUGCAGUUCACCUUGAGUUAUGAUGAUCUGAACACGUUGAAGUUGCUGACGGCGGUGGCUACAGAAGCUAACAACACCUACAUCAGCUUCUCUUCUAGCCUUGUCGCCGACAUGGUCGGCAAUGCUGUUGAGGAAGUGGCAUCGCUGACUGCCCGUCUGGUGACUGACUUUGAACCGGAUCAGGUUCGGCCUUCACUGGAAGUUUUCACAAUUGACUUGGACGGCACGGGUCAUCUGACUCUGAGUUUCAGCGAAGCAGUCAACAUCUCCUCGUUCAGUCUCAAUGACAUCAGGCUACAGGAUUGUUGUAUUGCUUCGAACAGCACAACCAUACCAACUGCGUUUUACCAGCUGUCCAGCCCGACUCAGUGCACCAGCCAAGCUCAGACACAGUUUGACUGUCCUCUCCCAAUCACCGGUUUGAACGAGAUCAAACGUCUUGCCUUGUGCACACAGACGCACCAGACUGAAGACUGCUGUCUGGUACUGAACGACGGUGCCGUGUUGGACAUGGUUGGAAAUCACAUUGUUCCUCUGCCUGGUGACUGUGGAUUCAAACCAACCACCUACACGGAGGAUGACACAUUACCGAAACUCACCUCAGCCGCAGAGUUCAAUGUGGAUGCUUCCACGAUCCAGCUUGUGUUUGACGAGACAGUGGACUCAGACAGCACCAAUCUGACACUGCUCACGUUGCAAUCGUUCUAUCGCAGUUCAUUGUACAGAGUACCGCUGACCGGAGGUAGCAUUCUAUCACUGCCCAACACGGUGCUGAACUUCUCCCUGACCAAGACUGACAUGGAUGCCAUCAAGAGAUUACCAGGUCUCUGUACAGAUCACAACAACUGUUGGGUAGUUCUAGAGCCUGGCUUCAUCCUGGACAUGGCUGGCAAUCCAUCUGUAACUGUACCCAUGACUGCUGCUAUGGACAUCAAGUCAUUGCGACCGGACAUCACCAAUGCUGAUCUUCAGGCAUUUGAACUGGACCUGCAACUCAACACUCUGACAAUGAGCUUCGACGAGCCGGUGCACGCUCGUACCCUGGAUGCCCGUGCUAUCACCAUCCAGGACGGGCCCACAGCCUCAUCCGCUGCUCACUCCGUCACGCUAACCGGCGGUUACACUGUGAGUGCCAACGAUCUCAGCAUCGUCGUCAACCUGCUGACUGCAGAUGUGAAUCGUUUGAAGGCAGUCAAUGACCUAGCGAGCAGUGAGCUGGACACCUAUCUUAGUUUGAACAUGUCAGUCGUCAGUGACAUGGCAUGGGUAGUACCAAACCCAACAAACAUGAUCAACUUCACAAAUGCACUGGAGAUCUCUGCUGGCGGCUACACAGUGGACGCUACUCCGCCAAAGAUUGCCGCGUUCGACCUGGAUCUCGACAAAGACACCGUUCGGAUUGUAUUUGACGAGCCGGUACGACGCUCCACACUUGACAUAGAGCAGUUUGUUCUUUCCGGUGGUCAGAGUGGUUCUAACAUUGCUUUGCCUCUCUCUGGUGGUAUGGUGGAUGCAUCAACUGACAACAACGGCACGCUUGAACUGCUUGUACAUCUACUGCAGCCUGACAUUCGCUUCCUCAAGCUAGCCACUGGCCUGGCUACAAGCUCUUUGGACACAUUCCUGUAUCUGAGUAACAACACUGCUGCUGUUGACGACAUGGCUGGCAACUCAAUGGUCUCGUUUGAUAUGUCUACGGCAAUUCCCGUGAGGUCGUUCGUGUUCGAUCGCACUGCACCUAGCCUGCUCAAUUUCACCUUGGAUCUGGACAGCGAACUGCUAGUUCUGACGUUCAAUGACAUUGUCAACUCCAGCACGUUCUACGCACCAGCACUGAGCUUGCAGAACAUGGGACAACGUGGCAUGGACACAGUGUCACUCACAACGACCAGUGCCACAUCCAGCGUCAAUGGCUAUGUUGUUGUUGUCAACAUCAGCGUUGCUGACCUGAAUAACAUCAAGAGGAACCUGGCCUUGGCUACGAACGUUUCUAACACCCACUUGACGAUGUCUGCAUCAGCGUUUGAUGAUGUGUACGGCGUUGAUGUUCUGGCAACAACUCGUUUUGAAGGUAUUCAGAGUGUGGGAUUCAUCAGCGAUGGAAUUAGCCCAACACUGACAUGGUUUGACUUGGAUAUGGACCAGGGUCAUGGCAUCAUCACACUGUCAUUCGAUGAAACAGUACGUGCGCGCACGCUUGACCCACAGCAAAUCAUCCUGCAAUCAGGCAGGGACCUGGACAGUCUGCAGACCAGUGAGUGGUAUCAGUUAGUCAACAGCAGUCAGUCCAUGCUGGAUGGUACAAUCCUUAGCGUGUCCCUCAGCAAGCAUGACUCUGAUGUGAUCAAGCAGCGUUUCAGCCUGGCCGUGUCAAACUCCACCAGCUACCUGUCAUUCACGGACAUGCUCGUUCAGGAUAUGAAUUACAAUCAAGUGGAGUCGUUGGAGAACAGCACUGCAAUGCGUGUACGCCAUUUCACUGAGGAUAUCAUCAGGCCAACUCUGAUAUCUUAUGAUCUAGAUCUGACCAAUAACCAGCUCAUUCUGACAUUCUCUGAGACAGUGUUGGGACGAAGCCUCGAUCCAACCAAGUUUGGCCUGCAGAAUGUAGCCGACUUGAAGACGCUACAGGGAUCUGCUCCGGCAUCUUUCUCUGCAUUCUGGCAACUGACAGGAGGAGACAUUGCUGAUUACAACUCCACAGUGAUUGUCCUGGAAUUGACUGUGACAGAUCUGAACGAAGUCAAGCGGCAGCGACUCCUUGCUAAUGCCCAAUUCAACACAUUCUUACUGAUGAACGCCACUGCCAUCGUGGACAUGAAUCAGAAUCAAGUUCUCGGCAUUGCUGAUGGCCAGGCCAAGCCAGUACUGGUCUUUACGCCUGAUCGUGUUGAGCCAGAGCUGGCUAGCUGGUCAUUGGACAUGGACGGUGAAACUCAUCUCAACCUCACAUUCACUGAGACCGUGCAGGGUGCAACGCUGAAGCCAAUCUACCUGACUCUACAGAGCAGAAGCAACAGCACAAACAGCAUUAUAGGUGAUUUUGAAGAGCGGACAUUGAUUGGUGGCAACUACUCACAGGUUGACAGCACUAUACUAACCGUUGUGCUUGUCAAGGAAGAUGUAGAUGUGAUCACACAGCUUCAGAGUCUGGCCAUUGACGGAAAUUCCAGCUACGUGUCCAUCCUGCCGGGUGCUGUCUUGGAUAUGAAUGGUAACAACUUGACGUCGAUUUCCGAGAGUAAUGGUCGGCCGGUAGAGGGUUACACUGCGGAUGAGACCAGGCCAUCGCUGGUCAACUUUGCUUUGGACAUGAACACCGGAGAGAUUCACUUCACAUUCUCCGAGACUGCACUUGCAUCGAGCUUAACCAUCACGGAAGUGACUCUUCAGAAUCACAGAAGCCAAUCGAUGGCCGUUGAUGUCUAUCCAGUGAAGGCAUUGGUAUCACAGCCCACCAUCAGUUCGACCAUGAUCACUGUCCGUCUCUCUGAUGCAGAUCUCAACAGCAUAAAGAAGCUGCUCUUCGUGGCUACGAGUGCAGACAUGACCAACAUUGUGCUGACACCGCGCUUCAUAGACGACAUGAGUGACAACAACAUCUUGGAAAUCGCUGACAACGCUGCCAAGCCGGCGAAUAACUUCACUGGAGACACCACCCCACCCGCACUUCUCAACUACACCCUCAACCUCAACUCCAGUCAACUUCACCUGACCUUCUCGGAGACAGUCAAUGCACGUUCUCUGCAGGCCAGCGGAAUUGUGCUGCAAAGUUCAGAGAACGAAUCGCUGAGUGACCCAUUGCGCCACCACCGACUCACAUCACUCACCGGAACUACAUCAGACAAUGACACCAGCAUCAUAGUCUUACUUGAUGUCAUCGACACUAAUGAGCUGAAGCGCCUUACUCAGCUGGCCACCGAAAACACCACCUUCCUGUCCAUGGCUCGUUCAACUAUCUCCGACAUGGCAGGAAACCGGGUGGUGGAGGAGAUCAGUACGAAUGCUGUACCCGUUGCUGUAUACACUCCUGACCAGACGUCACCGACUCUGGUUUCCUGGGAGCUGGAUAUGGACAACUCGCCGCUUCUCACCUUGACAUUCGAUGAGACUGUGGAAUCGGACAGCUUGCAAGUUGCCGAAGUAGUAUUGUAUGAGUCCAUGACUGACACGGAUGGUUUGAGUUUCACGGGAGCAAGUAGUCAGACGAACAGUUCUGAUUCUACGGUGAUCCAUGUUGUCAUUGGUGUCGAUGAUGCCAACGCUAUCAAGGAAAGGAGCCUACUCGCCAUCUCACGAUCCAGCAGCUAUCUCUCAUUGACCGGCAGUGCUAUUCGAGACAUGCGCUCUCUGAGUGUAGUACCGGUCAACAAGAAACCAGUGCUAAGCGGCGGUUACACACCGGACACCAGUGCACCAGUUGUGCAGCGCUUCGACCUCAACCUUACUGCUGAAACCAUCACACUGACAUUCGAUGAGACAAUCCAUGCCCUCACUCUACAGGAGCAGCGACUAGCUAUUCUCUCGGAUCCAACAUCCACACAGCGAUACAACCUAACGUUAAAUGUCGGCAUCUCCGCAGAAAACUCCACCUCAGUUACCCUGAACCUGACUGACUCUGACCUUCACCAGAUCAAGCUGAACCUUGCUCUGGCUACCAAUGAGAACAGCACCUACAUCUUCCUGGACAACGACGCAAUACAGGACAUGGCAGUACCAUCCAAUGGAGCUGUACAACGUACACUGUCCGUCACCGAUUACACGGCUGACCUUGUUCCACCGCGCUUGUUAUCGUUUGUUUUGAACAUGAACGAUGAGAUGCUGGUGUUGCAGUUUGAUGAGCCUGUGGACAGUGGCUCACUCAAUGCCACUGCCAUCACCUUGCAGUCCGCUGCGCAGCAGGUUCACUUCCAUCGCCUCAUGGGUGGCUACACGAACAACACCAACGGAUUGAGCAUAACCGUCCAUCUUCUUCUGGACGACGUGAAUGCUCUGAAGGUCAACGAUAGUCUGGCAACGUCCAUCAACAGCACCUGGAUCAGCAUUGACAGCAGUCUUAUUCUAGACUUGAACAACAACCCCGUAGUGGACAUCCUAGCCUCGGAUGCACUGGAGUCAAGUGACUUUAUCAAUGACACUGUUCAUCCUGUUGUGCGGCGCUAUGAUCUUGACAUGAACACUGGCGUGUUGACACUAUACUUCCGUGAGGUGGUGCGUGCAAACACACUCAUCUUCAUGGAGCUGACACUGCAGAGAAGCUUCAAUGCCACAGUGGAAGAGCAACACACACUAACUAACGGCAGCCUGGCUGUGCUACUGGACACAACUAGCAUUACAGUUCAGCUGACAGACGGUGACUUGAAUGAGAUCAAGCGGCGGCGCAUUGCCGAAUCCAAGGCGACUACCUACCUAGCGCUGAGCUCUGAUAGCCUGAAAGAUAUGAACAUUCGCCCAGUCAGGCCCCUUGUGAAUGGUCGCUCAGCUUUGCUUGUCACAAACUACACCAUUGACAGCACUAUGCCUCGCCUGACAUCUUUCAAUCUCAAUCUCACAUCGGAACGCCUGGUGCUCUACUUCGAUGAGACGGUUCUAGGAGAUUUAUUCCAGGUGACCCAGGUCACACUUCAAUGUGUCGUAGACUUGAGCUCCGUCACUUCACCUUCCUUAAACUCGUACACACUCACUUCAAGCAGUACAAAGAACUCUUCCAAUGCCGUCUUUGUGGAGAUAGCACUGGGGCUGAUGGACCUAAACAACUUGAAGCGCUUGACCAACGUGGCGUCAUCACAUGCAACAACGUACCUGUCUGUGUCAAGGGAUGCAGUGCGUGACAUGUCUGCCAACGGCAAUACUCUCCAUGCUAUCCUGAACACCAAUGCAACAAUGGUGAAUGUCUUCUUUGCCGAUGUGACACCACCUGUUCUGACUGGUUGGACAAUUGACAUGCAGCAGCGCGUUGUCACCUUCUUGUUCAGCGAGACAGUUAGGCAUAUGAACUUUGAUCCUACCCGUGUCAUCUUGCAGUCAAGCAGUAAUGCUAGCGCUCCUGGUACUGAAACCCACCGGUUGGUGAGUUCCACUGUAUCACAAACAACAGAUGAACCCCAGGUUGCCAUCGCACUUGCUCUGGACGACUUCAACAGCAUCAAGCAGCUUCUUGAUUUGGCCGUGGAUCGACAGUCAUCGUACGUUAGCUUCUCCAAUGCUCUUGCACUGGACAUGAACAAUAACAGUGUGGUUGCUGUACUGGAGGAUGAUGCACGCCUCGCCGGCGUCCCGUAUGUGAGAGAUGAGCUACCGCCGACACUGCAAAGCUUCAAUCUGAGUCUCGAUGCUGCUCAGCUGGUGCUCAGCUUCUCAGAAACUGUGAACAUCUCGUCAAUCGUUUACACAUCGCUAACACUGCAGAACUCGAGGACAUCACAAGUGGUAAGCAUUGAUCUGACUGGUGGUGAGAUUCGUAGUCUGCCUGGUCCGCUGGAUGCUGUAAAUGGCCCAGUCAUCGAGAUCAACUUGACCAAGUAUGACACAGAGCAACUUCAAAAGUCGAUUUAUCUUGGCACCUCCAUCACAAACACCUUUGUUUCAUUCAAUGACGAUCUGAUCAGUGAUAUGGAUAGCAAUCCGGUUGUUGAGCGAUUGGUUGGCAAUGCACUGAACGUAACACAUGUGACGGCUGAUGUAACUCGGCCGGUCCUAUCCCAGUUCAACGUCUCCCUCAAUGACAGUACGAUAACUCUGAGCUUCACCGAAGUGGUCAACGCAUCCUCGUUCAAUAUCACGGUGGUGACGCUGCAGUCCAGUGCAUUCGUGGGAGCGAUUGACGCACCAAAGCGUGCAUACACUCUGUCUGCAAUGUCCUCUGUCAGUCAAACCAACGAUGUCGUGCUCACCAUCACCCUCGAUCAGAGCGAUCUUGAUAACAUCAAGCGAUUGACUCAGCUGGCGACUUCACCACAGAACACGCUGCUAACAUUCCCAGCUAGCUUGCUUAGAGACAUGGCAGGCAAUGAGAUCGUUGAACAGCUCAAUGGCAAUGGUGUGAAUGUGACGUCGUUUGAGCCGGACAGCACGGCACCGAGCCUGCUCCGCUUCGACCUGAACCUGACCAGUGAAAUACUCGAGUUACAGUUCAGCGAACUUGUCAACACAGCCAGUCUGGACAUCGAACAGUUCACGGUGAGUGACGUGGAUAGCUUUGUCACCUUCCAGCUCACUAAUGCUGUGCUGCUGAAUACGCGCAAUGAGACAUUUGUCAGACUGCAGCUGAUCCAGGAUGACCUGAACGAGAUCAAAGAGCUGUACACAUUGGCUACAGAAAGGAACAAUACCUACGCUCUCAUCACCAGUGAUUUAAUUCAGGAUAUGAACAGCAAUGCCAUUGUCAACAUCAGUGUUCCACAGCAGGUCAAUGUGUAUGUAAGUGACAACACACCACCAGCUCUGCGGAGUUUCAAUCUCGAUCUGGAUGGAUCUGCUGUGCUGACAUUGUCAUUCAGUGAAACUGUAUCAGCACUCUCGCUCAACGUCGAUGAGAUCGUCUUCCAUGAUGGCAAGACGCCAGAGAAAUCGUACACGCUGACGUCGUCAUCUGGCACAGCAACCAUGAGUGAGAAUUCCACGGUGCUGUACGUGAACAUUAGCACGGUGGACAGCAAUGCUAUCAAGGCACUGCCAUCACUACUGAUCUCAGGCAACACCACUCUUCUGACCAUGCCACCGACAAGUCUCAGAGACAUGUUUGAUAACAUGCUGGUGCCGGUGGAUCACCUGCCCGUCACACACUACACCAACGACACCACUGAGCCAGAGCUGCUGCUCUACAACGUUGACAUGAGCCUCGGCCAGAUAGAACUGGUGUUCUCGGAGACGGUUAACACUGAUCUCACACAGCUCACACACUUCACUCUUCAGAGUUCUCCUGUACUGGCGAUGAACAGCAGCCUGACUCUGACUUCAGGGCAUGUCCUACGUGUGGAAUACAGCACUAAUGUCACUCUUGUCAUGUCCGAAGCUGAUCUGAAUCGUCUGAAGCAGAUCACCACACUCUAUACCAACACAUCGGACACGUUCCUGUCAUUCACAGCAGCCGCAAUCACCGACAGUGCCGGCAAUCCGGUGGUACCCGUGUUGGACAGCGAUGCCCGGGAUGUGUCCGGGUUCACGUUUGACACGGUGCCUCCUCGUCUGACUGGCUGGUCUCUGGAUCUGACUGCAGAGACCCUAUUCCUGCAGCUCAGCGAGACUGUGGAUAGCAGUGGUUUCAGGCCACAGGAGAUAACGCUCGUCAACUCCUAUCCAUCAGCAGAUGUUUCAUACAACAUCACAGGAUUCAGCCAAGCAGUAGCUUUCCAGACGAUCAAUCUUACAUCCAUCUCACUGCCGCUGUCACUGAUAGACCUGAACAACAUCAAGGCUAAUGUCCAGCUUGCCACGAACAUCAACAACACGUUCCUAUUGUACUCUGCACAGCUACUGUCGGACAUGGCCGGAAAUUCUGUUGUGCCUGGUCUGGCUCCGAACAGCGCACAGGUGUCCAACUACACAAAGGAUUCUCUGUGCCCCAAGCUUGUGUCCUUCUCACUCGAUCUCAACUCCAGUCAGCUGAUUCUCAGCUUCAGUGAAACCGUCAACGGCACCAGCCUGCAAGUGAGCGAGAUUGAGUUGUUGAGUAGUAGGACAGGCAGUGUGCAGUAUGUUCUGCAGAGCAGCAAGGUUGUUGGUGUGUAUGCACCGGUGGUGACGGUUGACAUUGUGCAGCGUGACCUGGACCAGAUUAAGAUACAGACUGGCCUGUGCACUACAUCCAGCAACUGCUGGAUACACCUGACGGCAAACUCGGUGCUGGACAUGGCAAACAACAAGUACUGUGUUACCACCGACGCCGUCAGCAUUGACUCAGCGCAGUACUUCCAGGCAGAUGAGAUCCCACCUCGGUUGCUCUCGUUCAAUAUCAGCCUUGACGCUUCCUCCAUCACCAUGGAGUUCUCCGAGGCUGUUCGUCAGUUGGACACACGCUAUGUUGGCCUGCAAAGCAGCCAGGUGGCAGACAAUGACACAUCAACCAUUCAGCUCUCACUAACGAAUGUCAUCUAUCAUUCACCCAGCCAGCCUACACACGUGACAGUUAACGUGACUAAAGCUGAUCUCGACGACAUCAAAUCACUGCCUUUCCUGGCUACGGAUCUAUUCAGUACGUACCUCACCCUGCAGGCUAGUGCAGUGCAGGAUUACAACAGCAACCAGGUCACUGCCAUCCUGGUGUCGGAUGCCGAGCGAGUGUUUGACUUCACUGGUGACAGUGUGAUACCCGAGCUGCUCUACUUCGAUCUGGACUUGAAUGCCAACCUGUUGACGCUGCAAUUCUCCGAGACCGUCAAUGCGUCCUCUGUCAUUCCCACGCGCUUCAUUCUGCAGAGAGCACCUGGUGUGCGCAGAGUGGAUCUUUUCCAUCAGCUGAUAUCCGCAGAGGUUUCGCAGCCCACCGUCACUUCAAUCCAGUUGCUGCUGUCUACGGCAGACGAGCAUCAGAUCAAGUCACGGACUGUCCUGGCGGUCAGUAAUCUCACUACCUACUUGCAGGUGGAUGCGGCGGCUGUCCGUGACAUGUCCAUGCAUGCGAUUGCUAACAUUCCUAACAGCGUGGCACGAGCGGUCAGACUGUACAUUCUGGACGUUACGCCACCGGAAAUACAAUCAUUCUCGUUCAACAUGACGUCAGAAGUGCUCCGUAUCAGGUUCACUGAAGCCAUCAGGGUAGACAGCUUCGACAUAUCACAGACGCUGGAGGUAGUCAGCAGCGACGUCAGCUUUAUCAACUCUGGUGUGACGCUCUCCGGAGGAGUACUCACCAGCGCGGAAGCACCUUACUCCAUUGAAGUCAACUUGCUCAUGCGUGUCGAUGACCUGCACUCACUGAAGCUGGAUACUGACCUCGCAACUGAGCUCAACAAUACUUGCCUGAUCAUCCAUCCCAAUGCUCUGUAUGAUGCCGCGUUACAGCCAAACUACAUCAGACUGGGACGAGUGUGCGCGAUUAACUACACGGAGGAUCGCGUGCGGCCGACAAUCUCCUCGUUCUUCCUGAACAUGAACACGGGAGAGCUGGGUCUGAACUUUGACGAACCCAUCCUACGCGACUCUCUCAACUUCACAGCACUGACUCUGCAGUCAUCACUCAGUGCCAGCGGUUUGGCUAAUGAGGAACACACUUUCACUGGUGGAUGGACUAACAGCCCCAAUGGUCUGCAAAUCCUACUGAACGUCACUCAAGAUGACCUGAACGCCAUCAAGUCCAAGCUGGUACUUGCUAGGGCGUCCAGAACAGCAUUCAUCCGUUACGAAGAACACCUGGCAACGGACAUGAGCGGCAAUGCCCUUGUCCCGCGCCAGCAGGAUUCUGGUCUCCCGGCCGGAAGUUUCAUUGAUGAUACUACUCAUCCGAUGUUGCUGAACUGGAGUCUGGACAUGGAUCGUGGCACUGUGACCCUCACGUAUGAUGAGACUGUUCUGAUUGGCUCACUGCAAAUUCCUAACCUGGUCAUGCAAAGUAGGACAUCAGUCAGCCCUAGCAGCUCACAGUAUCGCUACCAACUGACAACAUCUUCCACUGCCAAUCAAACGCAUGAUGGAACAACAGUUUCAAUUGCUCUGGGCCUGCAGGACCUGAAUGAACUGAAGCGACUGCAAAUCGGCCUCGCGGAUCAGGUAUGGCUUGUGUAUGAGACUGAUACCAUCACGGAUGCGGAGGGUCGCAAAACACUCGCCCUGAAGAAUGGCCUCAACCCUGCAAAGGUUAGCGGACAUACAGCGGACCAGACUCCGCCAUCGAUUGAUAGCUUCUCCCUGGACUUGACCCAGGAGGUUCUGACGCUGAGCUUUAGCGAGACAGUGGAUGUUGCCAGUACACAGGUAGUGCUCUUCACACUGGAAAGCCAUUCGAAUAGCUCUGGAACCGCUUACACAUUGACACACAGCAGUACUCGCACCACCAUGAAUGAUGGCACCACACUGGAUAUCAAGCUAGGCCUGGAUGAUCUCAAUGCCAUCAAAAAGGAUCGCCUGCUGGCUGUGAACUCCAGUACAAGCUUUGUUCGGGCUACACUGGGUGCCAUUGCUGACAUGACCGGAAAUCUGAUGCGCAAUCAGACGGGAGUGCACCUCACAACAGGCGGUUUCACAGCGGACAGGAAAGCACCAGAGCUGCUCGAGUUCGACUUCGACAUGGACUCUGCCCAGCUAACACUGCGCUUCUCUGAGACUGUGCUGAGCAGCUCGUUGAACACCAGAGGAAUAACUCUGAUCAGCCUAUCUGUACCCACGGCACCACCGGCGUACCAGUUCUAUGAUCUUGGCCAUAAUCACAUUACAGUCAGCGAAGACUCACACGAGAUCACUGUCACUCUCAACAACACGGAUAUGAAUGAGAUUAAGGUUCUUCAAAGACUGGCUGUGUCCAAUGAGUCAACAUUCAUAGCCGUUGGUGGCAGUGCCAUCACAGACAUGGCUGAUAACGCUGUUCAGGUUCUCUCCAGCAGUCUGGCGCUCAAGGUCACUACCUUUGUUACCGACACAACUCCGCCAAAGCUGAACAACUACAAUCUAGAUCUGGAUCAAGGUGCGCUUCAAUUCAAUUUUGAUGAAUCUGUCCUGAGCUCAUCACUGAAUAUGACCUACUUCACACUAAGAGCAAACAUCACCAAUCGUGUCAACGAACAUGUCCUCACUGGCGGUAUAAACCUGUCCAGCGAUGGGCCGCAGUUGAACGUGGAGCUGCUCUUGGCCGACUUGAACGAGAUCAAGCGCCUGGACCUGUGCACACGCCAUCGCAACGGCACUGGUGACUGCUACCUGUACUGGAGGAACGACGCUGUACGAGAUAUGGCUGAUAACAUCUUCGACGGCUGCGGCGUGUGAGCCACCCACCAGCUACCAUGAUCCAGGUACAUUGAGGGUGUCACAUAACUGCUACCAGGUCACUAAGCCAUUAUUCUAAUUUACAGUAUUGGUCCACCGGUAUUCAUUCUCCAACACUUUAUCCUGAACACAAACAGGCGUGGCCACUGAACUCAUCAGGCCACACUCAUCUUGAUUAACUUGCAAACUGCAUUCCAACUAUUUCUCACUGGAUACGCUUGCACACAGAUGUACUCCUAACAAUAUCAUGAUCUUCAUUGAAUUGUUUGAUAGAACCCUGCCGUAAUUUUAUGUAUUGUCCUCCAGGACUUGACUACCCUCACACCAGGGCAUAUUCUUUCUCUGUUAGAAUAAAUGUUAGCGGCAUUCCAUUGUCGUUUAGACCCCGCUAGAUGAGUUGAGAUAGCUCCUUCUCCAAGCCCUCACUGAACUUCAGAAGUGUAGACUUUUUUUCUCUUUCAGUUUUCCUUGGUGUCUGUACACACAAUGUGUUGCAGCUGGCCAUGGCAAUCUGCCAAGACUUCACUUAGUGUUUGCAUUCCUCUGAUACCUUCACCGGCUCAAACUGAAACUAGCUUGACUUUGCAAUGCCAUUGACACAAAACUAAUUGGGUACUUCUUUUCACUGUGGAUUGUUUCACAGCCAGUUCUUGCUUUGUACAUUCGACCUUUCUGGCUCACCCUCUAAACAUGCUCGAUGAUUCUAAGGAUGUAUGCACGCCAGUUUUCUCCUAUUCCGUUUUGAUGUCAUUCGCUUAGUCUUGGAGAAACAAUUUAAUUGAUAUGACAAACGUAUUGCAGUCCGUC